AUGGGAGUCCCUCUCGGAGCAUCGCUGCUCCUGUGCUGCUGCCUGGGGCUCAGCCGGGGUGAGUUCGGGCUCUCUCUUUGUGUCAGCGCUGCUGGGAGGGAGUGAGCGGAGUCUGCCAUGUGCCCCUGGCUGGCUGAGAGGGGGGAGAUCGGCAGCUGCUGUGUGAGGGCAGGGGGUGUCUGCACAGGGCCAUAAAAAGUAAACUAUGCAAAGCCCAGAGCAGCACCUCCAGGAGCCCUGCACUCACUCACUCACUCUCUCAGACAGCACUUUAUAUAACUUCACACUAUCACAGAGCUCACUUUGUUCCCAAACUUUAAUUCUCCCCAUUGAAUAGCUCCAGGAGCCUUGCACUCAGGUCACUUUAUCAGACAGCACUGUCUAUAACUUCACACUAUCACAGAGCUCUCUCACCCCAGCUCACUUUGUUCCCAAACUUUACCUCUCCCCAUUGAAUAACUCCAAGCACCUCCAGGAGCCCCGCACUCACCCUCUGCCUUCAGCUCCCUCUAUCAGACUGGACUUUGUAUAACUUUACACUAUCACAGAGCUCAAUCCAAGAGCUCCCUCCCCAUAACUCACUUUGUUCCCAAACUUUACUUCUCUCCAUUGAAUAGCUACCAGCACCUUUAGGAGCCAUGCACUCAGGUCACUCCAUCAGACAGCACUUUCUAUAAAUUUACACAGUCCCAGAGCUUCCUCCACAUAACUCACUUUGUUCCCAACUUUACUUUCUACCCAUUGAAUAUCUCACAGCACCUCCUGGUCACAGUCCUGCACCCUGAAGCUGUUUUCAUGACAUUCUUAAAUCAAAGGGUGAGCAGAAAGCUAGAAUCCCCAUUAUUUUUGUAAAACUAAAAAGUCCCUUGAUGCUUUGCCAAUCUUCAUAAUGGCAAAGCAUUGUGCGAGUUGUAGUCCUGCAACAGUUGGAGGGGCAACCUAUUUGCCUAUGAUUGCCUUAAAGGAAAAGAAGACUUUGUGUUAUGCAGUGGUAACCCAGUGGGUGCCACAUCUGUGUACUAUUUUAUUUUGCUAUUCCAUUGCACACUCUUAUUGUAUUUGGUUAAACCUGAUAUUGUGGGAAUAAAAUAAUACAUUUUAUUGGACACAUAAAAUACUUUAUAGAAUACAGCUGUUUAAGACCUGAGAUUUGUUCAUGUCUACAGAGACUUUAGAAUUAAGAAUUGCAGCUAUAAUAAAAAUGAUCUGUAUUGUUUAACUCAUGCUUUCUAAGCAACUAGUCUGUAGAGAAAAACCCAAGUUGUUUGGAAAUCUUGAGUAGUUUAAAGAUGCCAUUCGGUGAUCUGCUUUCUGUUUUUCUUAGAUCAAAUACGGUUGUGCCAUACUUUUCAAAAUAUAGAUUGUAAGCUUUUGGGUGCUAUUCUAGCUUUAUCCAUAACACUAUUAUGCAUGCAUACUUAUAAAUUUGAACCGGUAUUCAAGGGCUACAUCCCUUCUGUGUAUAUGUAUUUUGCUAAAUAUAUAGAUGGCUGGUAUGCUGUUUGUGUUGUAGUACCUUGAAGGGUUAACACAUCAUGUUAUCUUCGUACCCCUAAUGCAUUUUACUUAUGAUUGUUUAAAACCCUUAUAAGAUAUUGCGAUUUUAUGAAACAAUCAAACUGUGCCUGAAGGUUCAUUGCGCUAUUGACUUUUUUAUUUUUUAAAUGCUAACAAAUUGUAUUUAUUUUGCUGGAAUUCUUGUAAGAUUUUAUAGUGUGCGUCCUUUUUUUCUUAGCAGGUAAACUUAAUGUAUAUUUUGCAAAAAUUCUAUUUCUCUUUACAUAUAAUUUUAAUACUUGCUUUGAGCAGCUUCUUCAGGCUUAUUCCUUCUAAGGUCUACUAGCUUUCAUCUGGACAGUGUAAUUGUAGAAGUGUCAACCGAGCGAUAAAACAGUUGCACUUUGUUUAACCACCCAGCACUUCUUGGCAUUAUCUAAUUGUGUUUUCCUAUUCUUGCACCCAAAUAGAUGUGUUAUGUGAGUGCUCUGGCUCUACUUAUAGAGGCUGAUGUGUAUAUGUGUGAGUCUUAUAUGUUUAAGAAGUUCUGGAUAAAUCCCAGCAGCUUAGGGAAUAUCUAAUGUUACAAUUCUGGCGCCUGGAAAUGUUAUGUAUGGUGACUGUACAACACAGUUGUAGUCUUCUACUGCUGUUUUCUAUGCAUGUGCUGAGCGUUUGUGUGCAUGUAUUUUUAUAAACAUUGAUACAGAGGAAGGCAUUUUGUAUGUGUGACAAAAAUAAACUAAAAUAUCUAGGGAUUCUAAAGACAAACUAAUCUGAACACUGAUAGAUUCAAACAAUUGAUUGUGAUGUCUCUUUUUAUAUUGCAUUGUGUUUUUUAGGCUAGGAUUAGGGGUAGUAUGCUAAGAUGCGGUGUAUACUGUUAUGACAGCGUGCAUGUCCCAGUGCUGCCUGAGAUUAAUUGGAGUUAUAUUCCCUGUCAUCAGCUAUUUCAGAUGAUACCAUCAUUUCAUCACUAAAAUGAUAUAACACUAAUUUCGGGCAGUCAGGGAUAUGCAUGUCCAGUUUCUUUUGAAAAUAAUGCCCCCUGAACUAGACAGAAGUAAACCAAUUAUUAUUUUUAGUGUUUACUGGUAUUUAUGUAUUGCCAACAUGUUCUGUGGCGCUGAACACACAGAGUUGUUUCCACCGUCAUCCGUGCAGUACAGCAUUUGAAGUCAUGAUCCGUCCCUUAUAAUAAUAUCCAGAUCAGGAUAUAAAAUGUAAAUUGUGUGUGUUUGUAUGAUUUGAAAACGAAAUUCCAAACUUUAGGCCCAAACAGCCAAGAUUAAAAUAUAGCCGAAUUGUAAAAGCGUUUAAUUGUUUCUGUUUUGUACUGUUGCACUGUUAAGUAAACCAAUCUGUUUUUCUUACUCUUAUUUCUUAAUUUCUCUCCAGUAUUUCUUUGUUAUUCCUCUUGUCCUUGUGACAUACGUAUUAUGCAGAAUUUGAUACUAUAUCAAUGAAUUAUGAUAAUUUGUAAUUCCUGAUAUUUGGCAAUAACUUUUUUUUUUUUAAUAUCUCUUUCCAUGUCUAUAGAAUAGUAUUUAAAAAAAAAAAAAAAAAAAGGUUUUAAAUUGAAAGGUUUGAGGUUGUUUAUAGAAUGUCAGUCACUGAUUGUUGAGUUUCAGUGAUAAUCUUCUCCCAGCCUACUGACCAUAUACAGCAACACAGUUGGCAUGUUAAUAACUCAACUUUCAUUUUGGUUUCACUAGGCAAACAAAUAUGUUCUGUUCUUCUUUUUCCCAGCAUGUCUAAUCUAAAAUUUUAAAUGCGUUUCGAGCGUCCAGGUGGUUUUUGCUGAAACAUAUCAAAACAAGCAAAGCGGUUAAAGCGAAGAGAUACUGUAUUCCCAAAUUAUUGUCCAAUGUUUUGAUUUGUUAUAUGGGAUAUUUACAGAGAUCAGGUCUAUCUCAGAAUGCAUUCAUACGUUAUUAAAUAUCCUGCAAUAGAUUACAGGGCUUCGCUGAAUCCUGAAUUUAAAGAUUUGGAAAUGUAAAAUAGUAUUAGUGUGACAUAUACAAGUAAACAGUAAAUGAGUUCUCUUUUUCUAUAUAUUGUUAAACCGUCAAUAUCCCUACAGCACUGCGGCUAUAUGUUGGCACUUCAUGAAUACAAAAUAUUUGCAGGUUAUACAUAAAAUAUAAAUGUUCUAAUAGCCGGAUAUUUGUUUGUCUCUCUUUUUUUUGUGUUUAUUUUUCUUGCUCGUCACUUUAUUUUCCUGAGUGGUUUUACCCCCUCCUAUUGUCCUAAGCAUUCUAUGUGGCAACAGAUGUCAGGAAUUUAAAGUGAAUUUUGAAUUUUAGUUCAGAACAGCUGGAUUGGAAAAAUUAAACUGUGUUGUCAGUAAAGGCAUCUUGGUUUUUUAUUUAUUUAUUUAUUUUUUUUAAAUGAACACAUUGCAUAAGAACGCUAAUUGACAUGUAUUGUUUCUAAAUUAUAUUGUUUCAAAAAUAAGAAAUGACACAGUAUUUUAACUUUGAACGUCAUACAAAUAUUUCCCCAUAUUCAAAUUUAUUUUAGUGUUUUGUUACCGGUACUGUGUAUUUAGUUGAUUUCAUCCUCAUCCUUUUUAUUUGGUUGAAUUUUGUAUUGUUGCAUAAACCAUAGUUAGGGGUCUGGUGCAUACCUCUAUUUAAAUAUUAAUUGUAAUUUAAACCAAUAAUUAGGAGCACACCACAUACACAUUGAGAUAUGCUGAAUAAGUGGUUGCAGUUGUCUCACCUGUUUGUCAUAUAGCCUAUUUGUUUUCUUUUUGUUCCGCUAACUAUGAGCAUACUUGAUGUUUUCCCUUUCUUUUGCGUAUAUGUGUAAUAAAAUUAUGUUAAAGGGUAGCUGUCUUUUCCUUAUGUAGUGCAUCAUUGAAUAAAACAUUGAAAAUCACCUGUACAUGAGAUGUUCCUUUUUCUUUGAAAUUUAUAUUAAAGAUUUAGAAAAUUACAACAUAAUCAAGUUCAGACAAGGUACAACCAAAACACACAGUGCAAUGAGAAGUAGAAACAUUGUUUAAUUUCUACUGCUUUCUAGACUGACUGUGAGGCGCUAAGGGCAGAUCUUGUAUAAGAAUGAUUGACAAGGAGCUAACAUGGAGGUGCCCAGUUGUAGGAUAAAAUGGUUUUGAUUGUCACAUUCAGCUUUCUCUUUCGCACCUCACAAACACAUAUAUUUAACUAUAUAGGAUCAAUAAACCAUAAUAAUAAAAAUACUGGGAAGAGACAUUUCCUCUUUAAAUAAACCAGAUGGCUCCCUUUUAUUUUUUUCUGUUACAUAAAUGUUAGCAGGGCAAGGGGCCUUGAAGGUUCUUUGUGCGGAGCAUAUUGUGUACAUACAUUGUAAUCAUUUUAUAUUCCUUGACAGUGAUUUGAUAACAUUUUUGCAAUGCAUUUCUAUGCCAAGUGCUGAAAGUUGUGGCAUUGUGUGAUAUAUCCGUUCAGUCUUCGGUGCUGGGGUGAUACAGAACAAUAAACAAAAUAUCAUCAUAUUUAGCCAGGGAAGGCACCUUUUUAGCUAGUCGUUGGUUUCCGUGUAAUCCCGGAAUCUAGAUCUUUAUUUUAGAACUUUUAGUAUACUAGAAGAUUAUUUAAGGCAUACAAACCAAGUUUGUUCCGUAUUGUCUGCAGAAAUUGUUAAAAAAAAUAUAUAUAUAUUUUUAUUCAAGCACAGCAUAUAUUUUUAUACAUAGAAACGUAGAAUGUGACGGCAGAUGAGAACCAUUCGGCCCAUCUAGUCUGCCCAAUUUUCUAAAUACUUUCAUUAGUCCCUGGCCUUAUCUAAUAGUUAGGAUAGCCUUAUGCCUAUCCCACGCAUGCUUAAAGGACCACUAUAGUGCCAGGAAAACAUACUCGUUUUCCUGGCACUAUAGUGCCCUGAGGGUGCCCCCACCUUCAGGGACCCCCUCCCGCCGGGCUCUGGGGAGAGGAAAGGGGUUAAAACUUACCUUUCUUCAGCGCCAGGCGGGGAGCUCUCCGCCUCUGAUCCUCCACCUCUCCUUCCUUUUGGCUGCAUGCGCACGCGCUGCAAGAGCUGCGCGCGCAUUCAGCCAGUCUCAUAAUGCUUUCCUAUGGACGCUUGCGUGUUCUCACUGUGAUUUUCACAGUGAGAAUCACGCAAGCGCCUUUAGCGACUGUCAAUGAGACAGCCACUAGAGGAUUUGAGGGCUGGAUUAACCCAUUUAUAAAAAUAGCAGUUUCUCUGAAACUGCUAUGUUUAUAAAAAAAAAUGGGUUAACCCUAGCUGCACCUGGCACCCAGACCACUUCAUUAAGCUGAAGUGGUCUGGGUGCCUAGAGUGGUCCUUUUAAACUCCUUUACUGUGUUAACCUCUACCACUUCAGCUAGAAGGCUAUUCCAUGCAUCCACUACCCUCUCAGUAAAGUAAUACUUCCUGAUAUUAUUUUUAAACCUUUGUCCCUCUAAUUUAAGACUAUGUCCUCUUGUUGUGGUAGUUUUUCUUCUUUUAAAAACAUAUUGUUUGUAUGUGUUUUUUAGUGCCACAAAAAAAACACAAGAAAAAAAACAUAAUUUGAAGUCUACAGUGUGUUUCUAAAUUUUAUCAAAUUAAUUAAAGCCAACUUCUUUGAAAAAAAUAUUUUGAUAAUUCAAAGACACACUGUACUCAAAUUAUGUUUGCUUUUUUUUGUCUGUGCAGUGUUUAUAAACAGGCACAUUUUGUACUUUAUCUUUUACUAAAAGCCAAUAUAUAUCUAAAUUCCAGUUCCGCUUACAUGUUUUCAGGAUAAGGAGUGGAAUCAGGAAAAUCCUUUCAAAAAUUCCUUUAUGCAACUAGUUAAAGUGUUAAACAGUCUUUUUGAUGUACUGCUGCAAAAUAUCAUGAUUGCUGUUGUUUGAAAAGAAACAUAAUUUUACAACUCCAAGCCCCCCUCCCGCCCCCAAUUCUUCUUUUUUACAGGAAACAGGACCCAGACGUAACUUGGUUUUUAUUAACUUUGUCACUUUUUAAAUGAAAUUGUGCUUUGUUACAGAUGCUUAAAGGGUACUGUAGGGACCCAGACCACUUAAUUUGAUUGAAGUGGUCUGGGUGCACUGUACCGAUUACAUUAACCCUAAAUAUACAAUAUUCAAGUUUUAGAGAAACUGCAAUGUUUACAUUGCAGGGUUAAGACUGCCUCUACUGGCUGUCUUUCAGACAGCCACUAGAGGCAUUUCCUGCCAUUGAACGGCGUUUAACGCCAUUAAACAAUGCUGGACGUCCUCACUCUUUGCACAAGGGCAUCAAACGUCUUUAAAAUCCAUAUAGGAAAGCACUGAUUCAUGGCUUUCCUGAGGGAAACCCUAAUGCUGGCGCGGUUCUCGCAGUGCAUGUGCAAUAAGUUCCCAGAUCGCCACACUGUCGGUCGAGGGAUCCAACACCGAAGGACAUUUUCAUUGGAAUCAGCUAAGUGUUUAAAGAGUGUUUUAACAUGAAUUUAGGAAAACAGUUUUGUAUUUCUAACAAUAUAGUGUUCCCUUAAAGGGAACCUAUAGUCCAGACGAUAACAAUCAUUAUUUCUAGACAGAAGAUUUCCUUAUGUCCACCCUCCUUUGGCAUUAAAAAUAAUUAACCAAAAAAUAGACUACUUGCCUCUUUUCCAGUGCUGGGACUCCUCUGCUGACAUCUUCGCGAUCUCUUCAAUACACAUUAGCAGCUUAAUUCUGUGCUCCUCAGAUGAUCCUUGGUUUUAAUCAGUCUGGAGGGGGAAGUGCCUCUAGUGGCUGUUAGGAAGACAGAGGUACUUUAACCCUGCAAUGUAAACACUGCUGUUUUUAAAAAGCAAAAAAAAAAAAAAAAACUGCAAUGUUUUACAUUGCAGGGUUAAAAUGACAGGACAACUGCACCCACACCACUUCAUUAAGAUGAAUUUGUCUGCAUUACUAUAGUGUUCAUUUAACAUCUGCAGUUUAACUGUGCCUAAAGACAUGAGAAUCCAUAUGGUUCCAAAUACAAUAUGUGACGAUUCGUUUUCUCGUGUAGAUGAAUACUUUGCUUAUGUUUAUUAUUAUUUUUAUUUUAUUAUUUAGUUAGUGGUCUGCUCUCUCUCUUAGGGCUUGAGUUUUCCCUUUUAAUUGUUCGCUACUGUGCUCUGACCUCUCCUCUGAUGGUCAUUAAAAAGUUGGCGGGGAGAUGAAGGCAAGUUCAAAAACACAAUAAAAUGCAUUCUAGAACUUGCUGAAGUGUAUUUAGUAAGAAUGAAGACUAGAAUAGGGCGAGGAAGGAAAAAAAAGAAUCCUACAAAUAAGCAUUCUCCUAUUCGUAUGGGUCAUCUGAGUGUUUGGUUUUGACGGCACUGUCAUUUCUCUGGAAAUCGAUGUGACUGAUGAAAAAUGUGUUCCUCAAACCCAAGCACUGUUUGACUUCUGGAAAUGUUUCUCCCUUUUGGAUAUUUCUGUGCUAAUAAUUGUAAUAAUUUUAUUGUAUCACAGCAGGCCACAGAUGGUGUAACUCAUUGCCCUAAGCAAUUUCCUGCACACUAAGUAAUAAUAUCAUUUAUAUGUUUUAAUCCUGUCAAUGCCAUGGGUAUGUUUUUAUGCAAUACACUGGUCAUAUCUCCUGCUGUAAAAUGAAAUGAUAUGAAGUAUUUUUGUUUUUUUUAAAAUUUUAUAUUGACAUUUAUUUUAUAUAGUCUAAUCUGUCAGGAGGUGGAGAUUCCAGAAAGGGGGGCAUAGUCAAAUGCUAUAUAGGGAGACUGGCACCCCACCUGCUUAAAUAUUCACCGGCUGCCACUGUUUGCAGCUAUCAUUAUCCUCAGCCAGCCAGAGUUUGUCACUGUGCUUACUGUAGAGUUUACCUACGGCGGGUUUGGAACUACUAUCAUUAGCCUCAGCCAGCCAUAGAUUAGCAAAGAUUGUGCUUGUUGUCAAAUUCAAAUACAGUUUGUUUGCAGUUCUCUCCCUUCAGUCAGCCAGAGGUUUGCAGCUGCCCGGCUUGUAGUAAAGUUCAGCUCUCCAAGUUCAGGGCUCACACUGUUUAAAUUUAGUCUAGACAGUAGUAGCAAUGCGUGUGAGAACACAAGAUUCCUAUUAAACAAUGACGGAUACAUAUGUAGCUAUGAAUGCCAUUUGUUGAAGUCAAUCUAUGCAUUUCUUGUAGUGCCUUACAAACAUGCUAUUAUAUCCCAAGUUUUUUUUUAUUGCAGGGGAAAUUGGUAAAAAUAGCUUGUACUCAUACUCUGCAGAACCAUUAAAAAAAAGUGCCUUUAUAUGUUCUAUGUCGUUCAUUUACUAAAGAAUGAAAUAGUUUCUUAUAUUCACUGCGUUUGUUAAUCCUGUGUUUGUAAUGUUGUUUAUACAUUUAUUGACACAUAAUGUUACACAUUUAGAUUGUCUUUCCUGUAUAUAGUUUGCUUGAAUAAAAUUAACUGUUAGAGAAAGUGUUGUCUGCAUACACGAAUGGGCAGUGCAGAAGUCAGUUACCCAUCUAAACAGUCUUUAUAGAACUCCGUUAUCUGAGCUUCUUACAUGAAGAUAAGACAUGGAUGUUAAAAUACAUCAGCCUAGAGGGGUAUAUUCACUAAUGAUGAAGAAACAUUGUGAUGACCAAACAUUGAGAAAACUUUGAAUUAGAGAUUUGUUCUGUCUGCUCUUUUUACUUAAAUUGGGAAAAUCUGUUUUCAACUCACAAAUGUACAUUCGAGCUCAGUCACUAAAGAAGAUAUUGGCAUUUUACCGACAAAGUGAAUUUAAUUUAAAAAACAAACAACAUAGCCAUUGUGUUUUCAUUUUUGUGGACGGUGGAAAAGGAUUUUUACAUUUUUUUUUUUUUUUAAACAUUGAAUGAAUAGAAACCUUUUUGCUGAUAGCUUGUGUUUAUAGCACUGCUGCGGUAUAUGUUGGCACUUUAAAAAAAAAAUGCAUCUAAAUUGCUGGGUUAUUCACUAAAGUGAAAAUUCAUAUUGAAUCUCAUGUUUACGGUAAAAUACAUUACUGGAAAAUUCUUAAGUCGGCUAUCCUUUCAGUGCAGCUACUCUGACCUUAAAUGAACAUUAUAGGGUCAAAAUACAAAUCUUUAUUCCAGAGCUGCCCUGGCUCUGUCCCUGCACAAACUCUUUGACUGAGAAAAUCAGAAUUGACGAUCUCAGUCAAUCCAGUGCUUUACCAUAGGAAAGAAUUUGGAGGCUAAUGCGCAUGCGUGGCAAUACGCUGCGUUGCGCCUCGCCAAUCAGCAUCUCCUCAUAGAGAUGCACCGAUCAUCGCCUUCAUGUACAGAGUGCAGGCACUGACCCAGAAACCAAUCCUAGUGGCCUUCUGAGUGACUGUCACCAAAUGUGUUCCUAGGCAGAAAUGUAAACGCUACCUUUUCUCUUCCUGCAGGGUCUGUAGUGUCCCUUUAAAAUCUGAAAUUUACUAGAAAUUCUAGCUUUAGUGAAUAAGUUUGCUAGUUCACACUUAAAACCAUUCUUCCCAUUGAUAAGCUUUCUUAGCAAGUAUAUUUUUUGACCCAUUCAGUGCCAGAAUGGUGUCCAAAAGGUAUUGAUGAUAUUUUUGAGUAAACUUUUCAAAUAAUUUAAUAUUUUUCGGAUCAACUUUUCCUAUGAUUUGUCUAUAUAAGUCACCAUUAACGUCUAUAGGACAUUUUGUAGAUACAUUAUUUGAAAUGUUGUACCAAAAAUAUUAAACUCUGUUAGACACCAACCACUUUAAACCACCCACAAUUGUUUGGUUUGUCAAGUAAACCUGAAAAUAUGAGAAUUGCAUCUUUGAGGCCAACUUUCUUUAUUUCCUAAAACUGGUUUUGUUUUUUAGGGAGCCUUUAUUCAAAAGACUUCUGCAAUUAGAAUUUUAAAAGGAGAUUUUAAAUGUUGCUAGAUUCUUUUUUUUUUUUUUUUACCUCAGGCUUUCGACAGACAUUUGUAUCGAACCUGAUGCACAAAUCUGGUUUAAUGUCAGACUCCAGCGUGCAGUUAAGUUUAGUGGGGGGGGGAGGGGGGAGGAGGCAGGCAUGUUCGCUUGUUGCUAUAUAGCUGGCAAUGCCCAUGGGAAUCCUUCCUCUCAGAAAGGGAGAUUACCUUUUCUUGAAACUGAAGUUCAGUUUUGGAAAUGGCAAACAAUAGUCGUCUACAUCAACUUUACCCCACUGCUGGAACUGCAGGCCAAAAUAAACUCAGGAUCAGACUUCACAUAGGGGGAAGGGACGUGCUCCUCUUAAACCCAGCGGAGGGAGUGUUUUGAAACCAGAGGUAGUUCACUUUGAAAUAGAAGCGAGCAUAAGCUCCGUAAACAAAAGAGGAAGAAUUGUUGGGUUGUAAAGAUUUCAAAGUACUUAUGCUGUGAAGAACAUAAAAGCAUAGAUUUGUAUUCAAAAUCAACAUUUUCACACUGUAAAAAAAGUGAAUUUUUAGUGUUCACUCCAACCCUUUUUAACUAAACUAUUUUUAUGUAAUGUAGAUUGUCCUAUUGGAAAUUAUUCACUAGGUCUCCUCCCGCUGUAGGUUUAAAAAAAAAGAAAAAAAAGAAAGAAAAAGGAAAUAAAAUAAAAAAAAAUCUUCAUAAACUUUAAAUGCACUGGCCAAUGCUGCCCCAUAUGAUGUCACCUCUUCCCUCUCUGAAGUCCAGUCAAUUUAAUUGGACAGGUCUCACAGGGUCAGAGCACACUCUGAACCAGAGAGGAAGGUGUGGAUGGUAUUUUAAGCCUUUAAAAAUUUUUUUAAAAUGAAAGCAAACAACAUCAUGGAGGGAAUCGGUAAAAGCUGACCAUGUCGGUUACCAGCACACAGACGACAGAUUCAAUUUUUGCGCAGAUAUUAAGUAAUUCAGCCCUGAACAGAUUUAUAAUUGGGAAUGGAAGCAUCUACUUGAAUGUAAACGGGGCAGCUUGGGAGGCUUUCUUCUGCUUUCGUGAGUUUUGCAGAGCAUAGAAAUGACAGUCACUCUAAGCUAUCUCAUGCCUCGCCCCCCCCUCUCCCCUUCUGUAUUACAGCUCAUUGAAAAGCAUAGGAAAGCUAUAAUUGUAUGUGCAUGUAGGCUUUGGCUCCAGCGUAGAGACUUCUCAUUUGAAAGAUUCUGGCUGGAGUAUCACUGAAAGUCUGUGCUGAGUGACAGCAGGAGUGCUUGCAAAGGCUGCAGACAGUAGUUCUGCAGCUUUUGUAAGCUGUUCCCUCCCCCCCCCACCCCACACACACACCCAAGAAAACAUGCUGAAAAAUAGAUGCAUGUUUUUUGGGGGGGGUAUAUCUAAUAAAUUGUUAAAAGCUUUUUUUUUUUUUUUUUGGUGUUACUUUUUAAUAAUUUUUGAAAAAACAUGCCUGUGUCCUCAACACUUUUUUUUUAAAUGCACGGUUGAUGUCAUAAGGUCAUAAAAUGUUUCUUGAUCUAUUCUUUUGUAGUGUGUGCAUCCAGUCAGUUUUUGAAUCUCUGCAUUAUCUGUAUUUUAUUUAUUUGUAAUUUCUUCCAUAUGAACAUUGGCUCGUUCGUCUUUUGACAUGAACACAGGCACAUCUUAACAAAAUCUGAAUUUACGCAGUGGGUGAAACACCAUGCUCCGAUCAUCGCUGUGGCUUGACAACACGUGCAGCUGUUUCCACUUUUGUAUUUAUGGUAGUGGUGUUUAUAUAUAGGACCGACCCACAGUGUAAGCUGCACUUACAAAAUGACAGCCCUGUGACAAAAUAAGCGCAGAACAUGAAGUAAGGCAAACAAAUCUUUCUUUGCUGAUAGAACAAUACAGAAUUUAUUUUGUUUAGUUUUCCAAAUCGAAACGGGAUUGGAUGAUGCCUAGCUCUUGCUAAUAUAGGGCAUCUUCAUCUGUUUGGGAACUGGUAAUGUGAUCUAAGUGUAUUAUCCAGAUCCGGGGUUUAUAAAUAUUUAUAGAGUUCAGAACAAUUUUAGAAGCCAGACAAGAUGCAAACUGGUUUUAAAACACCCUAAAAUGGUAGUAUUAUUAGUAACACUUGUUUGGGAAACUUUGCAUACAAGUUUGUGCUGGUUAAAAUUCAUUUUCUGCUGAAAUUAAUAGGGAACCCUCAUUCAGCCCUGUUUUCAAACAGACUAUUUUGGCCCAAAACUGUAAACUUGCUUUCAGUACACUUUGAAUUUCACACAAUUUACUUUUUAAUAAUUUAACAUUGCUAGGGGUUGCAUUCAUUGUUUCCUGCAUUCUGGUACUACUCCUGCUAUACUGCUUAAAGGGACACUAUAGUCACCAGAACAAAUGCAUCUUAAUGUAGUUGUAUUUUACAAAAACUGUGGAAUCAACUGACAAAAUUCUAAAAUGAUGACAAACUUCAGUAACAGUGAGCAAAAUGUGAUGAGGGUAGGGCUGGUCCCUCAGACUAGAAGUGACCCCACCCCCAUUGUUCGUAUGUACAUAUGUCUGUGUAUUGUGUGUGCUUGCAAUAUAAUGUGCAUAUUGGGGUUCACGUGUUUUUGCAUUGUCAUUGGGUAUGUUGGUGCUCUUGUGUGCAUGCUACAUAAGUAAUUUUUAUGUUGGUGUUCCUCUGUACAAUGUUAGUAAGUGUAUAUCACUUAAUUUAGUAGGUAAGCCCCACAGCAAAUUUACACAAUACAGUACGCACAUAAUAUGUCAAUAAAAUCUUUAUUAAAGGGAAACUCUAGUGCCAGGAAAACAAUCAGUUUUCCUGGCACUGCAGGUCCCCUCUCCCUCCCACCACCCAAUCCCCGGUUGCUGAAGGGGUGAAAACCCCUUCAGUAACUUACCUGAGGCAGUGACGAUGUCCCUCGUCGCUGCUUCCUCCUCCUCCGCCGCUCCUCCUCUGCAUUGCGUCGGCCGGUGGGCGAGACUGAUCAUUUCAAUGCUUUCCUAUGGGGAAAUGAGGGACGCUGGAGCACAGGUUUCCUGUGCUGGAAACCAGGAAGUGCCCUCUAGUGGCUGUCUAAUAGACAUCCACUAGAGGUGGAGUUAACCCUGCAAUGUAAUUAUUGCAGUUUAUAAAAAAAAAACUGCAAUAAUUACACUUGCAGGGUUAAGAGUAGUGGGAGUUGGCACCCAGACCACUCUAAUGGGCAAAAGUGGUCUGGGUGCCUGGAGUGUCCCUUUAAAUACUGCUUCGGAGUAGGCAUGUUUCACUCUAAGAGUCUAACUCUUACCUUUCUCAAUAAAUUAUGUGAAUUGAACAAUUAUUUCAGCUGCAUUAUAUUGGACUGCAUAUUGCAGUUCCUCUUUUUUUUGUUUUUUAUUUAAAAAAAAAAGAAGCCCUUAGUGUAAAUGUUUUUUUUUUGUUUUUGUUUUUUUUAAUUGUGUAGAAGUGAAUACCAUGAUAUUAAACAAAAAAGAAAAAAUGUACAAAAAUCUAAAAAAAAAGAUCAACUUAUAAAAACACAUGGGUUUAAUUAAAUUUGCUUUAGCUAGUAACACCUGGGUUUAAUUAAGCUUUUUUUUUUUUUUUUUCACACAAAAGAACACUCUUUGAUAAUCUGCCUUUUACUCUUUGCCCUUACAAAAGAGGUCUUGGGCAUUAUUGGUCAUGUGGGGUCACUGCACUCAUAUUUGUUGAAUGAGUGUCACUGCAUGUAGUAGAGAGAGCAUGGGAAGUCAUUCUCCGUGCAUGUUUGAGUACCAAAUCAACAAGAUACUUGUAUGACCUCAAAACAAGUGAUAAAAGACAAAAUGUGCUGUGUUCACAUGUUGGUCUUUGGCAUGAUAAAGGGAAACACCUUUAACAUGCUCACCAUGGCAACUAGCAGUUCUCACCCGACACCUCAAAAUCGCUGUGACUAUCACACCGUAAGUUCCCGCUGGCACUGUUCGUUAUUUGCGGAAUGGAUGCAGAUGGCGGUCGGUACAGGUGUGACGAAAAUAACACACAAAGUGCAUCGCUUCCCGUUACUCCCUCCUGUUUCUCCUUGAGGUAAGCUCUCCAGGCAGUACAAUGUAGCAGAUGCUUGGUGAGUAAUGGAUAUGCAGAGAGUGCCAUACCAGAGACCAGUGUAUGAUCAAGCAUGGUGGGCAAUAAACAUGGGAAAGGAAAGAGAUUGUUGUAACCACACAGGAUGAGUUUAUCUGGGAGUCCGUGAGGGGAACCAGUCAUGCAAAAGUGAUAUCGUUCUCUGUAAUUGCUAACAUUACAGCAGAGAGAAGGAUCUCGAGAUAAUAUGACUGUUACAAACUUCACCUGGUUCCAACUUGUUAGCUUUUCGCAUUUGUCAGAUGGUAAUCCUGGAUGGUUUAUGUUUGUGGCAUCUUCCCAAAUACAGCCUUUGUAAAGUAAUUGUCUGUGCAGAGGGUGAUCCUUAUAUCAGUUGUAUUGAUACAUUUUCUUCAGCACUGUCAUUGAAAACACACCUAGGUACUGCCUUCAUCCUGCAGAAGCUGAGAAUAUGAAGGAAAGUAGAAAUUAAUUCACAUAUUUUUUUAAUUUUGUUUGUUUCUCCUUUUACUUAUAUUCUUGCAAAUUGCGAAUAGUUGCUCACUACAUGUCUUCCUUCAUCAAGAUCUCCGGGCUUGCAUCAUCCAUACCUCCAAAUAUUAGGAGGUAGGUCAUCAGGACUAGAGAGGGCCUAAUUUUAAAGGGGCUGACAGGAAGCCUUGCUGUUAUAUUUUUUUAUAAAACACCAGAAGAUUCUGCGGAAAACAUACAUUAUAGCAGGGUUAUAUAUAGAAGUUGUGGAAACACUCUCAUACCAUAACCUCUGCAGCUCCUUUAAACAGUUUAACAUUUAACACUAAAUCAUGUAUGUGUGCAAGGGGAUUCCAGACUCCAUAACCACUUUAAAGAGCUAAAAUGGUGAUAGUGCUUAGAUUGCCACUUUAAUUAUAUUUCCUUCUGUGGUUUUCAGGGAAUUUUCUGAUAUUCUCAGUAGUAGGUGACUACAGAAAACAAAAGGAAGCCCAAUGCACUGUUUAGGUGAGUUGGACAAUUAAUACCUUGCAUGCCCAUCUAAGAUCGUUUGCAAGGCUGUAGGGGAUUGGAUAACUGGAAUUUAAAAAAAUGUUAUAAAUGUUGCUACAGUUCAUGGCAGCAGAUAAGUCAGAUCUUCAUCUUCACACCUUGCUCUGUGGAUUAGAAGUAGUGUUUAAUCAUAGCUGCCCACCGGACAUGUGAUUUUCUUGCCCAGUUGGAUUUUACCCAGGCCCAUGGUGCUGUUGGACAGGGCUAUGGUAUUUACUUGAAGGAUGAUGGAUUCUGCCACCUCUCCACCUGUGGUGGAGAUCGGGAGGAGGGCUCCCCAUAAGAUGGGACUGGUCUCACCUUAAUGACAUUAGCCGACAUAUUAAAUACGGGAUUGCAGACGGGGAUUGAGAGGGUACUGUAUGGUCCUGUCAGGGUGCAGACAGGCUGCAGUGGUGGAAGUACAUCCUGACCAGCGCCUGAAAAAAAGCAGUAGCCCUGAUUUGAAAAACCUGCUUGUGAGCCAUUUCCCUUCAGCCGGCAGUGGUAGUUUAUGUUGAUAGUUGGUUUGAUUUAUGAAGGUGUAGUCAAGCAUUUUCCCCCUUAUUCAGUGGCCUUGUUUUAUAUGUGGGAGAACAGUUUGGGUGUGAUACGUUAUGUUUAGUCAUGCCUUUGUCAAUCAUGGAAUGGUGGGGAAAAGGCCAUUCCAAAUCUAGACUCUUUUGUGUUAUCUUGGACUGUUGUGGUUUACAUCUGCUCUAAGCCGAUCGUAAUAUUGUUUUUUGAGUUUAUUAUUAUCAAGCCAAAAGAAUACAAUUUUCUAUAUUGCUUGGAGCUACAGUAUGAUGGAUCAUGGUUUGUAUAUAUUUCUACACAUUCAUAAAUCUAUCAAUUUUUGUCUGUAGUUGAGUAGAAAGUACUGCGGACCAUGAUAGACCUUCUGUACUGAUUCACAAAAUGGAAUAGUGCUUUCUUAUCUACAUUAGUCUUAGACAUUUUUUGUAAGACCUCUUCUCAAUAUCAAAGCUGUUACUUGGCUACCACGUGACAUCCAUAUGCCAAGAAAGCACCUCCUUGCAUUUACUUGUGUCACUUGUGACCUUUAAAGGGAAUCUGUCAACUGUAAGACAUGACAAGGUCCCCUUCAGGUAGAUGUAGGAAUGUCAUAAAGUGCAUUGUCUCAGUGAAAUUCCAGCAGAGGUAUUUGUAGAUUGAACAGUAAACUUUACAUGAAGACGGCAACAACCUACUCCAAGUUGGCUACCACAGAUGUGAGUGACGUGUGCACCUACCUACAGGGAUGACCUGUAAACUGGAAGUGUAUUAAAUGUCAAUGACUACAUUUUGACAUUUUUAACCAUUUUCCUAUCACUGUAUAAAGAUAAAAUUAAAAGUACAAUUAAAAGUGAUUUGUUUUAUUUAUAAAAUAAUUGUAUAAAAAACACUAUCAUCUGAAAAUGAUCCACUACUUUUAAUGCAUUAUGUAGAUAAUUCAUUAAAAAGCCAGACAAAAAAACGAGAAUAUUUUUAAUUUUCUCUUGUUAAGCGCUUUCUGCAUAACCAGGAUGAUACUCUUGGCCCCUAAACUCCUCUCCAGUAGAGAUUUAUAGGAAAAUUAGCUAUGGAAUUAGCUGGUGCUAUAUAAAUAGUAAUAAUAAUUGGAACUACUGUGCACACUGAUAGCAGCCAUUCCACAGCUACUAACAGUUUACACAUCGUUCUGUGCACUGUUCAGCAGAGAUAUGGUCCUCGUACAUUCAGUCCUCUUUUUUUUAUUUAUUUUUUUUGCUUUAUCAGCUCAAUCCUAUUUGGGUGUGCAUCUUGGCGCAUGCGAGAUUAGAUGAAAUCUCAUAUAUCCCAACUAUGGGAAGUAUGAAAAUGGAACAGGGUGGCUGGGCUAAGAGAAGUCGUCCUUGAUGUAGGACACAACUGGGAUAGUGUGACAGGACCACAAAAUCUGGUCUGUCCUGACUAAAUAGACACUGUUAGGAAGCCUGAAAUUUGUAUCGGGUAGCCAGAACGGAGUGUUUAUGCUACUUGAUUGACCUCUAUGAGGGGCAGUCUUAGAGUUCCAGUGAUUGAUUUAUUUGAACUGAGAGAUUUUGCAGGGUACUUACUGCAACGCAAAUUUUUAAAUAAUUUACAAAUUGCAAUUUGUGAUGGUACUAUAGUUUUGUUUUUUUUGGGGGGGGGGGUCUUGCAUCUUUAAAGCGCUCAUUGUCUUUAGAUUUCCUUGACCGCCUUUAACACUGUAUCUUGUAAAUCUGGUUCGGCUGGCUAUUGCUUGCUGAGAAUAGCCUUGUUGAUGCACAACUGUGCUUUAAUGUCUGUCAAGCUGUGCUAAUUAAACCAUUUUAAAAUCUCUCCUCAAGGCACCCCAGUCUAUCUAAGUCUAGUUUGAGUUCUCUUACUGCAUUUUUGAAUUGUCACAUCUGUACACCUGGCAAGAAACAAAAACAAAAAUUGCAAUCCGAACUUGAUUAGCUGCUAAAGCAUGUGUACAUAUGGGGUGGGCCUUCUGAGAGAUUUGGGAAACAGACCUCUGGUGUAGCUUUUCUACAAGUUAUCACUAAAGCAGGAGCUGUGGACAAUUAAAACUUUUGUUGUAAAUUAAGGCAACCGAGACACAAAUGAUCGGAAUUGGAUAUUUUUCCAGCUUGGUUAGUUUGUUAAAAACAUUUCCUAUGAUUUGCCACUCUCAUAUUAAAAAAACAAACAAACCCUAAACCAAACAUGCAAGUUUAUGCCAGUCAUAUUGUUUGUUUCUAAAAUGUGUAUUUAAACAGCGCAACAUAUAAAGACGAACAUGAAUGCACAAAACUCAUAAUUAUACACCGAAACGUUCAAGAGUGGGAUAUUGUUUUUUAAGAUGUGGGAGGAGUUUUGAGCCAUCCUUCUCUUAACUAAUGCUGUUCUUUUAUGCUGCGAAGCUCUAGCUGUGGGAUGUGGGGAUUCCAAGACUCCAUCAAUAGGUUCUUCAUGUCUGUUGCAUUGUGAAAGAAAAGUGAUUAGCAGAGGUGAGGAUCAUGCUUUGCUUUCCCUCUGGAAUUCUAUAUGGAGCGCUCCCACUGCUGGACUCUGUACUCCACCUGCAGUGAUAUAUACUGUACUUGUCAUCACUGAAGGUCAGGCUCAUGAUGGCAGAGUGCUGGUUCUUCAGUGAUACAUUUCAAACACUGCUCCGAGCUGGCUGGCCACACAGCAGGGCACUUGAGGCUAGCAAUAAAUCAGACUUGGAGCUGCAUACCCGUGGCUCCCCACACUAAAACAGUGUCCAUUGCCUAGAGUACUUGCAAAAAAAAAAUAAAAAAUUGCACGCACCCUUGGAAUAUACAGUUGUAUGUAUUGUAGGAAAUUUUGCUGUGUCUCAUGUGAGAAAUUAAUUUAAAGGGACAUCAUAGAAAUCAAUGCUUCUUGCCUGUCCUGUCCAUUAAUUAUAACUGCAGCAAUUUGCCAAUGUACAAGGGAUAUUCUUCUCACCGAAAUACAAGUAACAACAGUUCAAAAACUCCUCUGACUGCUUCCUAGCUUUGCUUGUAAUAGCCUUUGUUGUGGACCCAGUUAACUCCAUUCAUGAAAAUAAAAUAUAAAUGGAGCUAUUAGGCAAGGUGAAAAAGCUGCACUCUACCUUCAUUUAUCUGUCUCAUGAUUGCCAUUUUUGUCUUUACAAGAAUGUUAACUACAUUUCCCAUAAUCCUUAUGGCCCAGAGGUUUAUGGGAUAUGCUUUGUAUUCCUGCAUACGUUUCAUUGGAAUCCCAAAGACCACGCACCAACAGUUUUUAGAUGUAAAACGUUUCACACCUGCUGAGUAAGAGAUUUGAAAGAUGUGCGGAGACUCUUAAUUUUCCAUUAGUAUGUCCAACUGUUUUAUGCAUUUGAAGACCUACGAUUACCUAGUUUAACUAUGAAUAUCCAGUUUUGUCAUACACAUUCUUUGAGAGAAAAAAUAAAUAAAAAACUUGCUUCUCAAAUAGAAGUGGAAUCCCGAGGUAUUUGAAAUAUUUGCUAUUUGCUUCUGAAACCAGUGUUUGCUGAACAUUGCCUUGGGGUCUGUUUUCUUUCACAUUGGGCCACCCAGUUUCCAGACAAGACCUGUAAUUAGCAGAGCUGUCAUUUAAAGCCGGCAGACUUGACCAUGUUUAUACCGGACAGCUUGCUGCUGUAUGUUGAAUGGCAAUGAGCAGGAGGGAGUGUUACUUUUGGGUGACAUUAAAAGUGUUUAUUUUUUUUUAUUUUAUAUAUUGUCCAGAUUUUCAGAUUAAUCUCCAUUUAUAUUUUAUCAGACCAUUGAUUGUGUGUAUGAGAGGUCAUUUCAGUUGUAAGUGGUUGGAUUGGAAUAAAACUCGAGCUCCAAAGUAUGUGCAAUCAUGUGUGGUAAUGUCUUUUUAAAUUUUCUUUCUAUUUUGCGCAUGUGAGAUAAGGCCGCCUUUUAUCCCCCUGAAGCAUUUCCUCAUUAUUUUAAUCUCUUUAUAUAUUUUUUCCUUCCUGUCUCUCGAUAGCCUCUUAUUGCACCGCGUGACAGUGUGGUGUUGGAACACUUCUCUGCCUUCUGUAAGACUAAUGGUGGUCUUUUAUUACUUUAUUCAUAAAGCAGCAACCUAUUCUGUGGAACUGUAUAAGGUAUAACGAAAUCUACAGUCUGCUAAUCAGUUUAAAUCUUCGAUGCUUUCAACCCAAAACGCAACUCAAUCUAAAACUUCUUCCAAGCUAAUUGUCACCUUAACAUCUUGUGUUGUUCAGAUUGUAACUUAGGGCCAUACUAUCAAGACGUAUUGUAUAAAAAUGGAACACGAGCUUCUAGAACUGGACACUUAAAUGGGGUCUCUGCACCCGGUUGUCAAACUCCACCAACACAACAAAGAAUUUCUCCACUACAGCUAGGUGGAAACUAUUACAGCAGAACACUUCUCUUAAAUACCUGUAAUGUAGUAAUACGUCAUAACAAACCAGCAUUUAAAGACCCACUCAUUUAACGAAUGCAGCACUAUAUAAAGCUGCAAAUGCACAAAAAAGUAAUGGCAUUGAAGGACCUGAUAAUGAUCUCUGGGGGGUUAUAAAUGUGGUUCUUAAAAGAUCAAUGUAACAUUUUGAUUUAUGAAGCAUAUACAUAUACACACAGAGGAAAGGUAAAGGUGAGUUAUACUUACAUUAUUAUGAUUAUUUUAUUAUUUAUAUAGCGCCAGCAAGUUCUGUAGCGCUGUACAUGAACCUAUCCCUCACUUCAGCUACUAGGAGCCAAUGUCAGCGCUGUAAUAUUACACAUGCGCAAGAGUACAACAUUGAGUUAUGUGCAGGAUCCUGCGAGAUUGUGGGAUCCUACACAGAGCCUUUGACUAGGCUUGACUUUGCCUUUUGUCAAGCGGAGAAAAAAUGCUAAGACAAAGUAGUCUCUACUUUGUUUCAGUAUAUCUUUUGAUUGUAUAAGAAUUCCAAUCCGCCCAUUCGUUGUCCAAACCCGGAAUGUGUUCGGCCGUAACCGAGAUUGCACUGCCUAGGCAGAACUGCCAGAAGACCCUUGCCAUGUUCGCCAGUUGCUUCGAUUUCGUGCCACCCAGGUGAUUGACGUACCUGACCGCGGACACAUUGUCCAUGCGCAGAAGAAUACAGCAAUUUCCCAGAGUCGGAGACAGACUGCGGAUGGCGAAUGAUCCUGCCAGCAGUUCUAGACAGUUGAUGUGAAGCGUUGACUCGAGUUCGGACCAUCUGCCACCUGUGGAGACAUUUCCACAGAGUUCCAGGCCCUUAUUGACUCUACUAUGCAGAGGGCCCUGGCCUCUGCCAUGGGGACAGUUUCAUCGUCACUGUCUCAUACUAUUCAACAGGCCUUGACUCAGCCCUUGGUUUCUCCUAUGUUGGCAAUUUUCCCAAGACCCCUACAUUAUCGGGCCCUGCAACGUCUGAAUGGGUCCCAGCUUCGCUCGGGCAGUUCGUACGAAAGCGAAUUAAGCCUGGACAGAGAUUCCAAGGAGGAACUUCUAUGGUGGUUGGACCAUAUGGAGGCAUGGAACGGUCGAGCAAUCUUCGGUACCGCUCCGGAUGUGGUGAUAGAAGCGGAUGCCAGCCUGCAUGGUUGGGGCGCGCGCUGUGGAAAUGUCUCCACAGGUGGCAGAUGGUCCGAACUCGAGUCAACGCUUCACAUCAUCUGUCUAGAACUGUUGGCGGGAUCAUUCGCCAUCCGCAGUCUGUCUCUGACUCUGGGAAAAUGCUGUAUUCUUCUGCGCAUGGACAAUGUGUCCGCGGUCAGGUACAUCAAUCACCUGGGUGGCACGAAAUCGAAGCAACUAGCGAACAUGGCAAGGGUCUUCUGGCAGUUCUGCCUAGGCAGUGCAAUCUCGGUUACGGCCGAACACAUUCCGGGUUUGGACAACGAAUGGGCGGAUUGGAAUUCGCGACACUUGAAAGACGCGGGAGAUUGGCACCUACUGCCUUCGAUCUUUCGACAGAUAUAUCAGCUAUGGGGUCCGCUACAACUAGAUUUGUUCGCAUCCAGACUGAACUCCCAACUGCCCCAAUACUUCAGUUGGAGGCCGGACCUGGCAGCCACGGCGGUGGAUGCGUUUUUGCAGAUAUGGCCUCGAGGUUGUCACUUUGCAUUUCCCCCUUUCAACCUGAUCUCUCGGACACUGGCAUACUUGUCCAGACAGGUGUGCACGUUAGUGAUGAUAGUUCCCCUAUGGCAGACUCAGCCUUGAUUCCCGCGGCUCUUGGAGAUGGCGAUGGAUUGCCCAAGGUUGAUUACGAUGCGACCGGAUGUGCUUCUAGAUCCGGAUGGGAACUCACACGAAUUGGUGGAUCAGGACCUUCUCCAGCUCACAGCUUGGCUGAUUUUGGGGGACCCUGGUGUGUCGCGGAUGUUCCGCAAGCUACUACAAGACUCCUGGAAAGUGCCUGGGCACCGGGUACCAGAACAGCUUACAAAUCUGCAUGGCGUGUGUGGUCUGGCUGGUGUGUGGGAAGACUGUUGGAUCCACUUUCUGCCCCUCUGAAGGAGGUGCUCAGCUUUCUGACUAUGCUUUUCGCAUCUGGUCUAGCCUACCGCACUAUUAAUGUUUAUAGAUCAGCCAUCUCGGCCGGACAUCGGGGCAUUGACGGGUCGCCGGUGGGACAACAUCCCUUCGUGUGUCGGUUGUUGAAAGGUAUUCGUUAUUCUAGACCUCCGAGAUCCAGAUAUUCAUCGUUUUGGAAUGUUAACGUAGUGCUUUGCUUUCUGGAAUCGUGGCGCAUUAAUGAAGAGCUGUCGCUGAAACAGUUGUCAUGGAAACUAGUUAUUUAUUUUAUUUAUUUAUUUAUUUAUAAAAUAUUUUACCAGGAAAGAUACAUUGAGAUUUCUCUCGUUUUCAAGUAUGUCCUGGGUCCACAAAUCAUUGCAUUGUUACAUUAGGUACAACAAAAUACAAAAACAAUAUUAAUACACAAUAUAUACAAAAUUUAACAUAGAACAGGCAGGAAAUAUAUAAUCAACCAUGACACGUGCAUUCUGUUUUGAGGUAUGUAGAGAGGGAUCUCUUAAAUGACUUUAGGCUUAGGGAAGAUUUUAAAUUGUGCGGGAGGUCGUUCCACAAUUGCGGCGCUCUGUAGGAGAAGGAGGAUCGGGCCGCUUUCUUUUUGUAUUGAGGUAGACUAAGUAAAGUGCUUGUACUGGAUCGGAGCUUAUAGAAAGUGGGAACAGCUAAGGAAAGCAUUUUGUUCAGGUAGGGUGGGAGUUUCCCAGAGAAGCUCUUAAAAACAAGGCUGGAAAGAUGAAGGGUGCGUCUGGAUUCCAGCGACAGCCAGUUUAGUUCCUUUAGCAUGUCACAAUGAUGGGUCCUGUAAUUACAUUGUAGCACAAAUCGGCAGAACGAGUUAUACAAUGUGUUGAGUUUAUUAAUGUGGGAUUGCGAUGCAGACGCAUAUACUACAUCCCCAUAAUCAAUGAUUGGCAUCAGCAUUUGCUGUACAAUCUUUUCCUUUACUGUAGGGCUUAGGCAGGCUUUGUUUCUGUACAGGGCACCUAAUUUUGGAUAAAGUUUAGAUGCAAGCUUUUCUUAUGCUCCUGUGUCUCCUUUCAUGCAAAAGGGUUUCGGAUGUCAGAGCUUUGGACUGGAACGCAAUCUCCUUCACCCCAGAGGGAGUGUCAUUUACCAUCUCAAGGAGGACUAAGACGGAUUCUAAGUCGGUGACCUACCCUAGGUGUCCUGUCCGACCUGCUUUGUGUCCGGUGGCUUGCCUCCGGGUGUACUUGGAUCGCACUCUCCAGUUGAGGUCAUUGGAGAUGUCUCAAUUGUUUAUUUCCUUUAAGACACCGUUUCUCCCGAUCUCCUCUACUACGUUAGCUCGUUGGGUUAAGAAUCUUCUCUCUGCUGCAGGGAUUGAUACUUCAAUAUUUUCAGCCCAUUCGGUCAGAGGCGCCAUGGCAUCAAAAGCUUCUGCGGUGGGAUGUCGCCUGGAUGAUAUCUUGAAAGCUGCGGAUUGGUCUAGUGAAUCUACGUUCUGCGAUUUUUAUUUUCGCCCGAUUGACCAUGUUUCCUCGUUAGUUGUGGCUCAGCUUUAAACUAGCAUAAUAGGAGCCUCCAUGUCCUUAAUAAAAUUCCCAGAUUUUACUAAUAACAUGAUGUAAAGUCAUGAUUUUAUUAAUGACACGGAGGCGAGUAUUAUUCCCACCCACCCACCCGUUCGGUAUGGGUUGGAUCUACGUUUAUGGUUCAAUCGGGGGGGGGGGGUUCUUCUACCUCACGGUAAGUGUUCACGGUUUCUCUUGAUAUCAUGAGAUUUAGUGUUGUGUAUCGUUAUUACAUAUGUGUUAUUCCGAUAGUUGGUGUGUACGGUUAUACAGUCCACUUGUUAUGACAUAUUACAUUCAGAUCCUAAGUUUGGAUUUUACCUCCUAUUUCUCUGUUUUACAGCUUGAUUUUGUUGUGAUGACGUCUAACUCGUUGGAGAUUGUUCUUUCCUGAUGGGGAUAUAUAUUGUUCGGUUCGGUCUUUGGUUCAGAAGGCAAAGAAGAGGAAGUGGAAGUGCUAAGCAAGGCAUUUAUGGACUGUUCCUGCAAGCUGAUUGGCUGCCCUGUUACUAGGCAGAUCUGAUUAUAUCUGUUAUUAUAUUAUUCAUAUUUUUGCAUUUUUUUCUCUUUGUUAUAUUUUCUCUUUGCUGCUGAGGAAUAAAGUAAGAAAGAGCAUAAUACUUGCCUCUGUGUCAUUAAUAAAAUCAUGACUUUACGUCAUGUUAUUAGUAAAAUCUGGGAAUUAUAGGGCCCUACUCUGGUUGGAUUCUACACCUCCCAGAACUUUAAUUUCCCUUCAGGUGCUGCAUUUUAAUUAGAAUCCUCUCCCUUUUUACAGCUAUGGUUUCAUCUCCAAAUCUGUCAGAACAGUAUUAUUAACUGCAUUGCAUAAGCUGUAAGGUGAUGAAGGACACAUUUAAUACAGAAUGCUCAGGGACUAACGUUUCUCUGUACUGGCAUUUUCCAUUUGCUUGCUUUAUGCAGGCGAUUUUAUAAACCAUUUUAAGAGGUUUUCUAAUGGCCCAAACUAUAUUAUGACCCAUUUUUAGCCAUUCGUUGACCUGGGAAUUGACUGUUGGCAUUUACUCUUGAUCUGUGAUCAAGAAAUGGCCUUCUACAAUUCUGUGUGCUCAACAGGAGCAUUGAUUAUUGUAGCUUGUGAAAGUACUGUGCUCAAUUGUUUUAUUGGAUCUAAGACAAGCUAUUGAGACCUCCCAAGAUUUCAUCUGCUGUUUUAAAUCUGCAUGGUUUGGACGCCUAGCGUGUAGUUUGAUCUGCGGAGUUCUUUUAAGUUUAAUGUCCAGUCAAAUGCAUCACAGAUCAGUCUCACAGAUGAAGUCUCUCGCUGUGAGGUGUGGACUGCAAUGUGUUAGUUAUUGGUGUUAUUAUUUUGAAAUGAUGUUUGAAAUGUACUCCCUAUUGAUUGAUUAAGGAACUGCUUUGCAUAUGUUUUAUCCCCAAUACUUAGAUUUCUGACCAGGUGAACCAUUUAUUUUUUCCCCCCGUUUUUUUAACGGAUCACUAUAGGUACCCAGACUACUUUAGCUCAAUGAAGUGGUCUGGGUGCCAUGUCCCCCAUAGGCAGAGGAGCCGAGUGACAGGGAUACUGUACUGUAAGUAAUACAGUUUUGCAUUCCUAACACUAUUGUGUUUUUUAUUUUAUUUUAUUUUUUUAAGGAUGAAUUCACCUUAUAACCUAAGUGACAGUAUAGCUGACUUAGAUAAUGUUUGCAGCUUGGAUUUCUUUUUUUUUUUUUACCUUGAAUUUAAAAUUCACUUCGAAUUCUCACUUUAGUGAAUAACCCUGCCUAUGUUUACUGUUGUGUUCAUUUUCCAGUCUGUCUCUCUGUUCAAAGAGCCUUUGUGUCCUUUUGUAUUUUGCAUCCAGUAGUGCUAUGACUCCACGGAUCCAUGAGUGUAUAUUUUAUCAUAAAAUCUUUACACCCUUUUAGCUCCAUUGUGUAACCUGUAGCUGGCACAGAGGUUUGCCUUCCAGGCUCACAUUUAGAUUUGAAUAGUAUAAUUGAAUGCUAGCAAUAAUUACUGUGUAAUUUUUUUUUUUUUUAAUGUAUUGAAUCUCUGUGGAAAUCACCUUUCACAAAAUAAACAGUCACAUUGGGUCAUUUUUUUUUUUUUUCCUCUCUCAAAAGUGCUUUCAAUAUGCAGUUUAUUUUCUCCAUGUUGUGAUCUGUGGUCCCAACAUUUAAAAUAUUCUCCCAGAAUAAUCCUUCCCAUUCAAAUGGGUCCCUCUCCUCCCAUCCUUGUGCAACAAGGAUUGAGACAGAAUGAAUCAACUAGAAAAUUUGCUGUAAAAUCUAUAGACUUGAGUUAAAGGAACACUAUAGGCACCAAAACAACUUGAGCUUAAUAGAGUUGUUUUGGUGUAUAGAUUAUGCAGGUAAUAAAAACGUCUAAAGCAAGUUAACAUCUGAAUGAAAAAUGAAGCCAUUUUGUAUGCAGGUUUUCUAGAGAUUAAAAUUAGAGACUCCCUUACAAGUAAAUCAGUCUGGAGAGUUUUAGUUAAAGGAAGACUAUCGUGACAUUAUAGCUUUAAAAAAACAAAACACUUCGGUGUUCUGCCCCUUACCCCAGUUGAAAAGGUGUUAAACUCCCCUUAUUUCGAGCAGCACUGUGCAGGUUUUGUUGGGACUGGCCCCGCCCCUCCUCCUCCUUUGCCAAACUUGACGAUUGUAGCUAAUCCAAUGCCUUUUUCCAUAGGAAAGCAUUGGGAAGCUAUUGCACAUGCAUGGCAAAACAUUGCACUGCACCAAUCAGUAUCUCUAUGUUUAGCCCCUCCGUGCAGACCAUGGUCUCCAUGAAUAGCCAACUGCUUUGUUUUCCUGGCACUGUAGUGUCCCUUUAAGCUGUAACCAAUAUGCCUGUUUCGGUACAUUCUUAUUGAAGGGACUGUUGGGUUAUUUAAAUGCAAACCAACCAUCCUAUGUACACAUACAUCCCCUGUUGCCAUGCUUCUUUCUCAAAUACUGUUUUGUUUUGGUUCCGGUGAGCUUAGACGUGAAUUUCUUUAUAGAGGAAGCUACCUUGUAAGAGCAGUUUGUUGUAUAGAAGCAGGUUAGGACAGGAAUAGUUUUGCAGAGCACGCAUUUACAUUUGUUUCAUUCUGUGUACAGGCACCUCCAGAUAUCUCCUCACUGAAAGGGCUAUUUGUUUUAGCAUCCUAAACACUGACUUCUUUCUUAUAAAUGUGUAAAUUGUACUCUCAGUAAAAUGUGACAGACGAGUAACAAAGUUUAAAGGAACACUAUAACGUUAGGAAUACAAACCUGUAUUCCUGGCGCUAUAGUGGCCCUGCCCCCUAGUUCUAUAUAGGUCACCUCCUUGUGCUGUAAAAAUAUCAUAAAAUCAAAGUUUGCUUUACCUUUUUCUAGCGCUGAGGCUCCCUUGGUGCUGCUCACCUUUCUGCAUCCUUCCAACUUAUCGAGUAGGCAUGACUGGCUCGCGAUGGCCCAAUUGCAUUUAUUGCAUUUGGGAUCUGAUGCACAUGUGUGGAGAUUGCCAUUUGAACAAGAGUGUCAGCUUAAGUUCUCGACUUUUAAAAUUGCGCAGCUUAGUCCUGUAGUUUACGUGUCAGUUAAGUGGAUAAAUAUUGUCAAAUAAAGAAAUGUAAGAUAGCUUGUUGCCAUUUGCCAUUUUUGCAUAGUUAAGGAGAAUAUUGCAGUCCAUAUGACAACCAAUAGUACAGCUGACUAUCGUCUCUGAAAGGCAGUGCAUAUGUCUGCUCACCAUUUAUAUAGGCUAUCUGAACAAGUAGUUGACCAGAUUAUAUAUGGCCAGAUUUUUUUGCACUGAUCAUAAACAAAAAAGGAAAUUGUACAUUUAGUACCGAUAACUAUAUUGAUGUUGAGAAUACAUAGUUUGCCUUAUUUAACAGCAAGUUUCUGUAAAGUUUCACGGGUGGUCUGUCAUUUAUGAAGUCACUCCAGUUUUGAAAUGCGUUCUCCCAAUGCAGUAGUGGCCUAAAUAUGCAAUUGCUUAUCGUGAGAGACCCCAUUCAAAAGCAACAGCCCCUAAGGACACGUCAACAGGUCGUCCGUAGAGUGUGAGGGAAGAUAUUGAAGUUCUCCUCAAAAUAAGUCUGAAUGACAAGUACAAGAUGUGUUGGCUGUGUGAUAAGAAAGAAAAUACAGACUCUUGAUGUAGGAUAUUAAACGAAAAACAAGUCAACCAGUUGGCAUUAGUAAGAUGUUGCUUACAUUUCUGAGGCGUGUAUCCUAUCCACAUGUGGUACCUGGGGAAAAGUCCAGACAAGGGUUGAACAUGAAUUCUGUCUAAAAGAUAAGGAAAAAUCAAAUGUAGGUUCUUUACAAGAAAAAAUACCUUUCUUGAUUGGUAACUGUUUUUUCACACACCCAUGUCUUACGGGGAGAUGAUCAUUAAAAACAUAGUUUUGUACUUUUAAUAAUGAGCAUAUGAAAGAAAACCUGUUUAUAAUGUGUGUUUUGGCAAUCUUUUUAUUUUUACAUUAGCUACUCUGCUGUUCUGUACCUUCUACUGACGUUCAUAAACAAAUAGUAACUAGUCCUGAUUUGUGUGGUUUGUGUGCUAAAUGCACAGCUGUAUGCUAGGUUAUAUAUGGCUUGCCAUCACAAUGUCCAGAUGCUUAACUAUACAGGUUGCACAUCUGCAAAUGGCCUUUUUUAUUAUAUAUAAAAUCAACUUUAAUCAUGGAUGUAUUUACAUGUACAGGAGAGACACUCUUACGACAUUUGCUAUGACAUUAUUUCAAAGCCAAGCAAACACUUUUGCUGAUAGUAUUUUUAGGAUAGUUCAGUACAUAUGUAUGAACUAUCUUACUUUAAAAAAAAAAUAAAAAAAAAUUUGUGUGUGUUUUUGGCCCAUAGAUAUUCAGAAUCUAUGGUACUGUGGGUGUUUGUCUAUUUUGUUUUUAUUUCUACUUAUACUUGUGUAGUCUAGCCAUUUUCAUUACACUACAAUAUAGAGCCAUCUCUUAAUUUGUAUCAACAAACCUCCAACUGUAUAUAAGGAAAGGAAGCUUGUCUUAAAUUAUAUAUACAGUCUUCAUCCUGCAUUUCCUCAGGCAUUUUUAGCAAUGGACUAGUGUUUUAAACAACUCUCUUUCUAAUCUAUUGCACAAAGACUGAUCCAAAAGGACCAAUCACUACAGAUAGACUGUGUAGUUUUGAUCCUUUGGUGCCACACCAAAUAUUGAUUAGUUUUAGAUAUUUUUUUUCUGCUUAAUAUUUUUUUGAUCAGUUGACAAAAUGCAAGGCAUGUAAAGGAACACUAUAGUGACAGGAAUACAAACAUGUAUUCCUUCCACUAUAGCUGUAAUUACACCGUUUAGGCCCACGUCAGCUAAGGGAAAGAUGAUUUUACUUGCCUUUAUUCCAGUGGCACGGGGGUACUUCGCGGAUGGCUCUGACACAGCUCUGCCAUUUUGGCUAAGAUCAUCAAACGUAAUGAUCUCAGCCAAUCCAAUGCUUUCCAGCAGGAAAGCAUUGGGAGGCUGUUGUGCAUGCGUGGAAAAACGCUGCACUGCGUCAAUCAGCAUCUCCUAAUAGGUGUGCAUAGUCUGGAGAGUUUUAGUUAACGGAAGACUAUGGUGUCAGGAAUACAAACAUGUAUUCCUGACAUUAUAGGUUUACAAAACACCAUUUAGGUGUCCUGCCCCCCACACAGUGUAAAAAGGUGUUAAACUAGCCUUAUUUCCAGCACCAUACAGGUCUCGUUGCGGCUGGCUUCGUCUUAUUUGCUGAGGUCAUCAAUCUUCAUGAUUGCAGCCAAUCCAAUGCUUUCCCAUUGGAAAAGGCAGAGCUCUAUGAGGAACGUUCAGCGCCUUCAUGUAGAGUGUGGAGAAGCUGAACGUCAGUGGUGCACAUUAUUCCAGGAAGCACCACUAGUGGCCAUCUGAGUGUGUGCACCUAGAGUUGUUUCUAGGCAGUAAUGUAAACACUGUCUUUUCUCUGAAAAGGCAGUGUUUAUAUUGAAAUGCCUGCAGGGACAGACUAUAAACACCAGAAAAACUACAUUAAGCUGUAGUUGUUCUGGUGGUGACCAUAGUUUUCCUUUAAGUUUUUUUAUUUUUGUAAUCAAUCUUACUUAACAGCAUUUGUUUUCCACUCCUGCCUAAACCAAUGUUAUCGUGUGUGUGUAUGUAUGUAUGUGUAUAUGUAUGUAAAUAUGUAUAUAUAUGUAAAAUAAUAAUAGACGUUUGUUUGCCAAAUCAAACUUUGAUCAGAACAGUUUGAUUUGACAAACUGAAAUGUUGAUUUUUGUUUUUUGAGCAAUAGGUUAUAUUUUAAGAAAUUAAAACAAGUCUUUGGAAGGCUAUCUCAAUAAAUGCUUUUUAAAUGUAUUUAAUAUAUAUAUUCCCAAGACUUGUUUUAAUGUCUUAAAAUAUAACCUAUUGCUCAAAAAAUAAAAAUCAACAAGUUUCCACCCCCUAAACAAAGUAGAGACACAUUUUCAUACAAUGUGCAAUUCAAUUGGAAAAUUACCUGGAAAGAUUUUUCUGUUUGUACCAUGACUGUUGCCAAUGUGUAAUAUGAUUGUGUGUCGAUAUUUUUUUUAUUUAUUAUUUAUUUAUUUUAAAUGCACAUUUCAUGUGCGUUUGAGAAGCCCUGGUGCAUGUAAUUCCUCAAGUAUGUCUACAAUGAACUGGUCUCUUGCUUUAUUUAUUUUUUUUGCCUAGUAUUUUGUAGCCAUUUUAAAUUUUUUACUAAUCUAAUCAUGAAUACCAUUGCUGCCUGGGCAUGUGACGCACAUUAUAAUGAGAAACAAAGAUUCCUCAGGGAAGGUUUGUGAGCAUUUUAAGAUGGGGCAGCGUGUUACCACACAAAGGCUGUCAGCGUUUAGUUGAACAAGCAUAUAAACAUAGUGGCAUUGCUGAUUCCUGCUGUAUUUUUAGACAAUGUGGUAUCCUGUUUUACUUUCUGGGACACAGACCUUGCACAGAUGUUGCUUUUAAUAGAUUUACUUGUUAAUGUAACAGAUAUUAUGGUUUUGUUCCCUUCAAACACACACUCUGAAUGUGUUACUGUGUAGUAUGCAGCUGAGAAAGAACGUACAAUUUUAAUAUAGACGUUGCUUGCUAAUAUUUCCGCCAUCUUUAGUUUUUUGCUCCACGUGUUUUGCUUUAUUUUUUGCUAAAAUCAGUCAAUAUGUGUAAAUUUUCUUGCCGUUUACCACAAUGUAAAAUAAAUUCCGGAACGCUGUAAAAUGGGACUCGACUAUGUUAAGUUCCUCUUAACAGGAACUGUCACUUCCCAGGAUAUUUUAAUAUUAUGUUUAUCUCCCAUAUUUAACAAAUGUCUUUCUAAGAACUGAACAAUUUUAAACGCAGAAUUCCACAAUUUUGGCUGUACCUCUCUCCUCCAUCUUGGCUCCCUGUCAAUAAUGCUUAUAUACUAUGCCCUUUGCACUUGCCAAUCUCCAUAGAGAAAGCAAAGAAUGCCCAGAACUGAAUUGGUUUGCGAAGUCUAUUAAAUAAUUAGCAAAUGAUAUUUUGAAUUGAAACAACGCAUCACAUUAAAAAUUGUUAACGAAACCUAGGGAUGUUCUUAAAAAUAAGCUUUGUUCAAUGGUGGAAUUUCCACAGAAGGUACCCUUAAAGAUUUUUUUUCUUUUCUUGGUUUAUGUAUCCUACAAAACUGUCUUCAAGUUUCAGCCUGUCCGUAAAACAGUUAAAACCCGCUUGGGAUGUAUUUAAAUCUACACCGAUAUUAAAGUAAGACCUAUGAUUAGGCUCCUAUGUGCAAGCAGUUAAAGAGGCUUGAGCUUUUAAAGUGUGUUAAUGCACCGGAGAAACUAGAUUGGCUGGUUCCUGCUUGCCAUUAAGAAGCUAACAGUAAUUUGAUGAGCUUCAUCCUUGCUCAGCACAUUGAGCAGUACAAUAUGCUUUUAAAUCCCUAUCUCUUUCCUUUAUUGUUCUUAUGUUUGCUCUGUGAAUCAUAGUGAGGUUAUUAAUAUGUAGGGGCUGCAUUGAAGUUAGCCUGCCAAACAAAUGAGUUGCCGAAGCUACCCACUGUGACUGUGUGUUAAAAUUUAAUUUAUAUGUUUGUGCUGCAGAAAUUGGCAGCAAAUAUAUUGAUUGAUAUAUUUACUUGAAGCUGCCUGUUCAGUGAAUCGUGCAAACAUUCCCAUGCAUUUUAAUGUGCUAUGGGAAUAUCUGUGGAAAUCUAUUGCAUUCGGCCCUGUGGCAUGUAUAAAUCAUAUGUGGCCUUUCCAGAGAGCAUGAUGUAUGCGUCAGAACUGUUCUCACACCUGUUGUUGUUGGUUUUUUUUUAUUUAUUUUUUUUAACCCCUUCCCCCUCUUCUUUUGUAUGUAUUCCAUCUUUCUACCUGUUUUAUAAUUCAGCUUUUGUCUGCUACUCCCACAGCUGUCUGUUGUCUUGUUACACAUCUUCAAGUAGGUCUUUCUCCCACCUCACAUUCUCUACCCUUUUGUGCAAUGUCACCCUCCUAAGUAACUAUAAUUAUAUUGAACUAAUUUACUGCAUCCUGUGUUUUAACCCCUUUAUCUGGAUGUUGGUAAAAACUUAUUGUAUGAUAAAAUAUAAAUAGAAAUUUAAAGGCAGAAUUGCCUUGAUGGAGAGUAUCUAAAAUCUCUCCAUCUCCCUCCCCAAUAUGUCAACCCACUGUCCAUUUCAUCUGGAGCCUUCCCUAUUGAUUUUGACCUUACAUGCCACAUCGCUGAUAAUGAACUGUUGUGGUCAUUAAGUCUGAGGGUUUACUGCUUCAUAUGUCUAUAUAGUGCUGGGCAUCUUUCAGGAUAUGACAAAAUAUACUGACAAACUUCUUUUUGACAACAUGAACAAUAUAAAGUAUUUUAAGUUAUAGAUUUAGGAGUUCUCAAUGGUUAUGCCAUUUUCCUUUAAAGUUUCUUGCAUAAACACAGCCUGUGCAGAGGUUUUGCCUGUUUCUCCUUUUGGAAGCUAGAAAGGUCUUAAAGGAGACCAAAUAGCAUUUGGGCAAUACAUUUUGCCAUGCAAGUUAGAACACGCCUGCACUUGGUAGCGAAACACGUGUAAUCCACAUUGACUUUAUGUGAUUCCGGUACCUAUGCUUGUAUGGGUAACAUUAAAAUGGAUAAGAAAAGAUUACAUGCAUGCAUUUCCAGUGUGCCUGUCUUAGAGUACGAUGACUGCAGUUGGUAGACAAAGUGAUCGUAAACAUGUUUGUGAUAGGGCUGUGCUGGAAUGAUUUAUGUGCAAAUUCACAAAGUACUUUUCACGUGUUCGCAUUGUAGCAGUAUAAAAACAAUAAUAUUCUCGUUGACAAGUGUCUCUCAAGGGCAAAGAAAUGAGGUUCUAACAAAAAUGUUGUUUAUUGAUCAUUAAUGCAGAAAGAAAAUCCAGCGAUCAGCUGGGAUAAUUCUGGUCCGAACUCUGCAGGAUACAGUCUCCAGCAGACGGUUAUACAACAAAAACCACAAGCUUCGUCCAGGGAUCAUGUCAUAUCUCAUGAUGCUUAGAUCAGUGUUAAUUAAUAUUCGUUUUAGCUCAGCAACUUAAACAUUAUGCUUCCCCAAAAUUAUCUAAGCACCAGCAGUUAUUUUUCCCUUUAAAGGGAACCGUAUAAGCAUCAAAACAACGUAAUUAAGUCAUUUUAAUGUAUCUAUUCUCAGCUAUUUAGAAGUUAAAUCACACCUAGCCUGGCUGUCACACUAACUGAAUGAAAAAGAUGUAUCAGAUCAGAUGUUAGCUAGCUUUAGAAGUUUUUUAUUUGGUUGAAUUUCCUGCUCUGUAAAUUGAAUUAAAUUAAUCACACACAUGAGACUCCUGCAAGGUCUAGAAGUCUAUUAACAGAGCAGGGAAUAAGAAAUUAUAAAUUAAACAAAGUAUAAGAAAGGAAGUUUAAAGGAACACUUUAUAGGGUCAGGAACACAAACAUGUAUCCCUGCCCUUAUAGUGUUAGAAACACCACUGAGCCCCCUUGGCCCCCCUAAAUAUAGUAAAUUCUUACCUUUAUUCCAGUCUGCUGCCGCCUCUGCCCCGGCCCCUGAUCUGCCUCCUUGGCUGACAUCAGAAGUGGUGAUCUGAUCCAAUCCCAAUGCUUUCCUAUAGGAAAGCAUUGGAUUGGCUGAGACUAUCAAGGAGGCACAUCAGGGGCAGAGCCAGCAUAAGCCAAUUUAAAUUCUCUGAAAAACAGUGUUUUCUGCAAAAAGCCUGAAGGGAAUGAUUAUAAUCACCAGAACAAAAACAAUAAGCUUCAGUUGUUCUCGUGAUUAUAGUGUCCCUUUAACCCCUUAAAGGACCACUCUAGGCACCCAGACCACUUCAGCUUAAUGAGGUGGUCUGGGUGCCAGGUCCCACUAGGAUUAACCCAGUUUCAGAGAAACUGCUAUGUUUAUAAUAGGGUUAAUUCAGCCUCUAAAGCCUCUAGUGGCUGUCUCAUUAACAGCCGCUAAAGGGGUUUGCGUGCUUCUCACUGUGAAAAUCACAGUGAGAAGACACCAGCGUCCAUAGGAAAGCAUUAUGAAUGCUUUCCUAUGAGACCGGCUGAAUGCGCGCGCAGCUCCUGCCACGCAUGCGCAUUCAGCUGAAAAGGAGGAUCGGAGGAGGAGGAGAGCUCCCCACCCGCUGCUGGAAAAAAGGAAAGUUUAACCUCUUUCCUCUCUCCAGAGCCCAGCGGGAGGGAGUCCCUGAGGGUGGGGGCACCCUCAGGGCACUAUAGUGCCAGGAAAAAGUGUGUUUUCCUGGUAGUAUAGUGGUCCUUUAAGGACACAUGACAUGUGUGACAUGUCAUGAUUCCCUUUUAUGCCAGAAGUUUGGUCCUUAAGGGGUUAAACAUUAGAUGUCCCUUUGCAGGAAGUGUAGAGGAAGGCUGUAAAAGUCACAUGGAGGGAAGUGUGAUCAUAGCUGUAUAAACAAAGUGAUUUAAUAUCUGAACGGCAGAAAAUUGAACAGUAAGACGGCAGGGGCAUGAUCUAAAAACUAAAACCUCACUGUUAAAGGACACUAGAGGCGCUUCCCCGACACUCAAUGCGAAAAUCACAUUGAGCACGCAGAACGUCCAUAGGAAAGCAUUGAGAAAUGCUUUCCAUUGGGCGCUUUUAAUGCGAGCGCGGCUCUGGCCGAGCAUGCGCAUUCGGCUCCACUUGGGAGCUGAUGUCGGAGGGGGAGGAGAGGUCACCAGCGCCAAGGAAGCCUGGCGCUGGAUUAAAGUAAGUGGCUGAAGGGUUUUUAACCGCUUCAGCCCAGCGAGAGGGGGGCCCUGAGAGUGGGGGGGACCUUUAGGAUUAUAUAGUGCCAGGAAAAUGAGUAUGUUUUCCUUACACUAUAGUGAUCCUUUAAGUUAAAGUUGUUUUGGUACCUAUAGUGCCACUUUAAUAUUGCAAACAUGAGUGAUAUAAAAUGUAUUUUGGACCCAUAUCAAAUUUCAUAACGUGUAUCUUGCACAUAGUUUACUUGGUUAUUGAUAUAAAAAAAGACAUGCAUAUAUUCUCCCAUCCCAUCCCAUCUAGCCUCACAAUCUGCAACUACUUCCAGACCCAGUUUUUAGUCACAUGUUGUCAGUGUUGAAGAACAUCCAACGUUCCAAAUAAUUUCAGUCAGCACAAAAAGUGGUUAAAGGUAUAAGGAUUGAGUUCAGAGACAAGAUGCAAGUGCCUUAGGUCGCAAAAGUCAUGCAAGCAUAGAAUCUUUCAUUAAAUACAAACAAGGUAGACUAACCUAUCCCGACCAAUACUUAAGGUUGCCAUCUGUCCCUGAUUAGUGUAGUUUACCUUUAAGCAAGUCUAAUAAUUCAAGAUUGAUUCUUAGUUUCGUAUUUUUAUUUAUAUAUAUAUUUAUUUCGGUGCAUCCGUAGUAGGGUUACAGAAUGAAAAAAGGAGGAAAGGGGACAUUGAUUAAAAGCUAAACCAUUACUUUGAACAUGAAGGUGCAAUGGAUAUCCUAUUUGGUUGUGGUGCCGGCUAUACGGUUCUGCCUCCCAUCGGUAGAAAAGAUGAGGGAAGGGAGCUGGGGUACACCUUCUCGUGCCAUGUUUGUUGCUAGUGAAGCAGUGUAAUGGAUAGGUGGUUGUAGGACAGAUCGUUUGGGUUUGACUCAGUACAGACUCUAACUAUGUGGCAUUUCCACCUCAAGUUUGUGUCUAUGUAAUUAAAGGGUAUAAAUAUUCUGGACUUCUGCCUUGACAAUGUUCUGUGGUGUAUACCUUGAGGCUUUUGCCCCGUGUGGAUUUACAAUUCUGUGUCCACUUUUAGGUUUUGUCGGUUAAGGGCACCUGCUUUGUUGUGUAGAGUUUGGGUUUGAAUGUUUUAAUCCAUUGUUGGAAGUAUGGGUUUGUGGCACAGUGUAGGUUGUCAGAGUGGUAGUGCAGUCUUGUUGGUCGAUAUAUGGAGUAGCGGAUGUUUGUUGUCCUCCUUAAUUGUUGGGGGUCAGGCAUAGCAUCUUGGGAUGAUGGUCAGAUGGCAUGUCUUUGUUUAAGGUCAUUGAGAUCUGUCUGAUUGUCAUGAGGUGUGAGUAAGAGAGGAGAAAAAUGCAAGAGGUUAGGGAGGCCAAGGCCUCCGGAAUGUCUGGGGACAUAUAGUGUAUCCCUUCUAAUUCUGGGUUUGGAGCCAUUCCUUACGAAGUUAUUCACUGCUGCUUGUAGUGCCUUGCAGUCCGAUUUAUGGAAUGGUAUUGAGAUGGUUUGAAAGACGUGAGGAAGGAGGUUCAUCUUUAUGGAGGCAACCCGGCCCAUCUACCAGAUUCCAAAUUUUUCCCAUGCUUUGAGGUCUAGGUAGGCCUGCUUUAGGAGGGGGCUAUAGUUUGCUUGAUAUAGGCUGUGCACAUCACUGGGUAGCUCUGGUUGCAGGGCUUCCGUCGAAAAAUUGAGAAGGCCAAGUUCCUCAGCAAAGGGUUGCGCAUUCGCUACAUUGUGGAGCGUGUAGGUGCAAUUGUCUCGGCGCACCAUUAAUUUGAAAGGAUGGCCCCAGGCAUAUCUUUGUUGUGCAAGAGCUUGUCAGGGGCUGGAGAUCCCUCCGUUUGCUAAGAGUGCUUGGAGCUAAGUCCUGGUAAAACUGGACCUGGUGCCCUUCCAUUUGCAGCGGUGUGUCUCUGGCCACUUUCAUGAUAGCCUCCCUAACAUGGAAAUAAUGAAAGCGCACGUUGACACCCCUAGGUUGCGCGGCUGUUGUAGAUUGGGCACAGAGCGCUCUGUGUGCGUGGUCUAAGAGCAGCUCAGCAGGUGGGGCCUCUCGUAGUAGGCCACAGAAGGUCUCUCUUAAUGUGGUGUGGAGCAUUUCUGGGAGCCCCCUGAUCCGAACUUUGUUUCUGCGAGAUCUGUUAUUGAGAUCUUCAUGUGCGUCCUCUAGGGUGCUAAUGCGGACCUUUAGGUCCUGCAAGGUUUGGCUGUGGGCUGAGGUGGUUGCAGCAACGCUGUCUAGUAGUUCCUCCGCAUAUCUUUGUUCGUUUGGCUAGGUCGUUUAGGCUUUCCUUGAUGGGGACAAGGGGAUUUGUCAAUUCUGUAGCCAUGUUUGCUCUAAUGUCAUGCAGGAGGCCCCUCAGUUCCUUCUUUGUGAUAGAAGCCGAGUCAGGCAUUUGUUGCGUCUCGCUUCCUUCCGAGUCAGAGUUUGAUUCCGUCUGGCCAACUGCAUGUGCCGGUUCAUUCUCUGUGCGAGGUUGGAAUAUCGGAGCUACGGAGCAGCCCUAUUUGGAUUUUCGUCCUCCACCCAUGCUGUUGGGAUGUGGGUGUCUUUGGGGGAAGUUAUUUGCAGUAAGGUUGACAAUUAGUGCUGUAGAUAGCUAAAGUGUCGCCUGUUGGUGCGGAGCUUUAACAAGAAGCCGCCAUCUGCACCGGAGGUCAGGUGCCUACCCCUGUUUUGUAUUAUUUUUGUAACCCUCUGGUGUAUUUUUCUUGUUUCCUUUUUCUUAUUUAAUUGAUAAUCUCCUCCCUUUUUUGUUUCAAAUGUUAGAAGUGUGUGUGUGUGUUUUUAUUUUAUUUUUUCCUCUAAUCUAUAGAGACACAGAUAAGAUGUCUUCCCCCCCGCCCCCCCCAAAAAAAAUAAUAGAUAAGCAUUCCUAACCACCAUUCAAGAGUCAAGCUAAUCUUUUUAGGAACUAUUUUUAUAUUUCAUACAUAAAAAUAUUUAAACAACUGUACCGGCUUAUUUUAUUAAUUCAUAUUAGAGAAACGUGCAUUCAUUUUUUUAUUCUUUAAUAACUUGCCAACCCAUGAUGCAUUCAACAUAAUCUUUAAAUUCUCCUUUUGGUAGGAUUUCAAUUCCUGCCGUUUUGUUAUUGCUUUUACUACUAUAUGUAUCAAGUGUCAACAUACUCCUCAACCUUUAUAUUCACUUAGAGGCCUGUGUGAGCCUAAAUUAAAAACUCCUCGCAGUAAAUAGAAACUUCACCGUUUGCAAAAACCAUCCACUUGCUUUUCUUACCUAAAAUUAUUUCUUUAUUCCCCCCUCUCUCCCCCCCCUUAUUCUUACUUUUACUCUUUAUCAUUUUCACCUUCUGAUCCUUAGAGGACAUGGGACUAUAGGAUAGUUGCUAUGUAUCCGGCAAUUAAUCAGAUAGGCCUUAAUAUGGGCUCCAAAAAUAUUUAUUCAAGCAGGUCUUUCAUCUCAUGUAAGUAAAAAUAACAGCUGGGCCCCAUUUUUGCAUCUAAAUGUGGCGGUUCUGUCUCACUCAUAAAACUUUUUGGUAAUCCAAGAAGCUGGAUAUUUUAUCAAUUCCGUCACUUUGCUGAAAGGGUCUGUUAGAAAAUAAGAUGAUGAAUUCCAUGAUCCAUUAUGGUGGUCUUACCUUCUUAACUUGAUUGUUCAGAUUGCCAACUUUUUAUUUUAAAUAGUGUAAAACUAUUGAAGUGCAGUUAAAUAAUUCAUGGUAAAACACACAUAAUGUAUCUUAGGGUAUCCCUGUAUGCCUCAAGUUAUACAAGAAGAAAUACAUUUAAAAAAAUCUAGUCAUCCUGUGUGUGUGUGUGUGUGUGUGUGUGUAUGUAUGUAUGUAUUUAUAUAUAUAUAUAUAUAUAUAUUUAUUUUUUAUUUUUUUGAUGGAGAGCACUCAAAGGACUCAAAAUGUAUUUCAAAUAGUGCUUUUUAUUUAAGCAUCAAAUCUUUGGAUACAGAGUGUCGACGUUUCGGUCCCACUGGACCUUUAUCAAGUCCAGUGGGACCGAAACAUCGACACUCUGUAUCCAAAGAUUUGAUGCUUAAAUAAAAAGCACUAUUUGAAAUACAUUUUGAUUCCUUUGAGUGCUCUCCAUCAAGAUAUCGUACAUAUUUAAGCCGGGGAUUGCACCAAGGCAACAACAAGACCGGGAACUGUGAGUGCGGGACACGUGGAUUUUUGUGUGUGUAUGUAUGUAUAUAUGUGUAUGUGUGUGUGUGUGUGUGUGUAUAUAUAUAUAUAUAGUAUAAUAUAUAUAAUUUGCGCUCUAGACUUGUUGGUGUGGUAGGGAUAGACCGAUUAUGGGUUCUGAUUAUCAGAGCUGAUAUUUGGCAUAUUUCUGAUGAAUGGUAUUGGCCUUGUAAUUCACCUCUACCAGUAACCGCAUGCCAUCUUCCUCAUCUGGAAACUACAGCCGCCAGCCAGUGAAUCGCUACAUUACGACUUCAUUGUAAAUAAUCAACUGUAAGGUACUGGGCUGGCUCAGAGAGAGUGAUUGGAGUGUGAUUUAAUAUCUGCAAUCACACUCCUAUCAGUAACCGCAUUGUAUGUUCUGGGAUUCCAGCAUGUGCUGGCUUCCAGAAAGUCAUAGGAGUGUGGAUUCUAAAUACAGUCCCACUAUCGGUAACACCAGUGUACAUGCUGGGAUUUCACUGAUCCCAUCAUGCAUUGGCUGCCUGACAGUGGUAGGCGUUUGAUUGUUGUCAGCAGGUUUGUGUAGAAAUUGUGUUCCUUUUACUUUAAAUGUACAGAAUAUCGGCACCAUUGACAAUUGGCCCGAAAGGCGACCUCUAGCAUCAGCUCUGGAAAAAUUAUAUUGGUCAAUCCCUAAUAUAUAUAUAUUUUCCAGACCAGACUAAGAUGUGGGCUAUAGUGUGCCUAGAUUAGAGUGCAAAAUAACUUUCUCUCCACACAAACCGCAACAGGAAAAAAAAAAAAAGACUAUGACCUAAGUAGGUGUUUUAACUAAAGCAAAACAAAAACCGUAGUAUAUGCCAGUAAAAUAUUAUGUAUCCUUAUGGGGGAAAAAGGUGACACAUCCAACUGAUCCAUACAACAUCCAUCUGAUAUUAAAGGAUAAAAACAAAUUAAAUAUCAGGCCAACUAUAAAACAUAAAAUCUUGAGUGAGAAGGAUUACAUUGUAGUCAAAGUAAGGAAGUCUGUAUAAUAUCAAAGCCACAAUAGGAUCAGAAACCAAGUAAUUGUGGUGUGUGGAUGAUCGUUUAUAAAGUUAGAGGUAUGCAUUAGACUGAGUGAAGUUGAAGUAUCAUAUAGUGAAUUCUUUUUCUGUUGUCCCCUUUCUUUCGUGUUUUCCUGUUGAAUUUUUCAGUCUCUUCAUAGUGAGCUAGAAUUUGGCAAUUAGGUGUGAUCUUCGACAGGUUUUAUUUUCUAAGGAAAAGUGACCAGAAUUUAUAUAAGGGAACAUUGUGGGUUUUUUGUUGUCGUUUUUCCAAAUCAAUUUCUGAGAGAUAUCAUAUGUCUGAAAGAGUAUGUCCUACAUUUCUAUCAAUAUUGAAUAGUGGUAUUGUGCGAACUCUUUUGAAAACAUUCCCAACGUUUAAAAGAACACACCAAGCACCAUUUAUAUUUAUUGCAUGGGGAACCCUAAAUCUAAAAUGUAGCUACUUUGUAUUAAAAAUAAAUACAAAAUUGCUAGAAUUUCACUGAAAUUCCAAUGCAAUCUAAAAAUAUUAUGUUUUUCCAUAAGUCUAUUUUGAUGGGAACACUUUUCUUGUGCCAAAACCCAGUGCCAUCAGCCUCUCUUUGCUGGACAAAUGGUGCUGGUAAUAGUCGGUCAUUUAUAAUGGGUAUGUUGCUCCUCUAACGGGGGGAACUGGCCUUAUCUAAAUAUUUGUGACUCCAUUUUAUUUCAAAGGUUCCCACACUAUAGUGUCUACAGAGGCAGUGAGACACUUCAAUGUUAGGAAUACAGUUUUCUAUUCCUAACACUAGUGUUUCCUUUCUAUUACAUCUCAUGUAUCCUUGUUAAUCCCUGGUGGUCCAGUGGUGCUCAGUCUGAACCUUCCAUGGGUUCAAAUGUCUUCUUAACUGUGGUUUUUGCUGUAGCCUAGGUGCAGAGCGUUACUGUGUAACCAGCGGCAAUGAUUCUUCUCACCGAGAAGUGCUGUAUCUCCCCAUCUUAGCCCAUUUGGGUUGGCAGCCUCACUUGCCAGGUAAGGGCACCCCAUGUGACAUGCAUGGCACGCAUGUUAUAGAUUGCACACUCCUGGCCUAUACCAAGGGCAAGCUACAGAGCUUUUGUUAGUUCUAUUUUCACAUAAAUUAUGUUUUGGGUCAUGUACUAUUAAGAAAAUGUUGAUGUGGUGCACUGAGAGCUGUAUAUAAUAGCCAAAGUAGAUAUUUGGGUUAUAAUCUCAUCACCAAUUUUACUUGUACAUUUGGUUACAUGUCUGUUGUAAAUAUUGAACUCUGAGCUUAAAACCGAAUGAACAUUCAAUCUGAUGGACUGCAGAUAUUUUGAGAGGCAUAACUUGCCCUCUGUCCUAUGCAGCUACUACCUAGUUCUGCAUAGUUCCUGCACUGGUCAUUGUGAUGGACCGCCUGGCACCCCGACAGGGUACCUCUGUCAAUUGCUACUUCCUAGUACUUGCGAGUGCCAUCAGCACUGCAAUGGAACACCAUAACCACCGUAAACCCCAUGAACCGCCACAGCUUGGUUGGAGUCUCGUCGUCCUCCACUAAGACCAGGAUCCAGCUUCCAGUAGGUAGACCUCUCCUAGUCCAGGGAGCGUAGCAGGAACAGCUUUUAUCAAGAGCUAGUGAUUUAUAAUUACUGGGGAGUAUAGUGAUUAUAGCAAUCCCCAGGGUGUAUGUAGUUCUCCAAUCCCCCCAACAUGAGCCGAGACUUCAAUAAGACAGCCACUAGAGGAUUUGGAGGAUGGAUUCAGUUUCUCUGAAACUGCUAGGCUUAUAAAAAAAAAAAGGGUUAAUCCUAGAGGGACCAGGCACCCAGACCACUUCAUUAAGCUGAAGUGGUCUGGGUGCCUAGAGUGGUCCUUUAAUUUAUUUUUUUGAUAGAGGGUCCGCUCUCCCUCUCCCUCUCCCUCUCCCUCUCCCUCUCCCUCUCCCUCUCCCUCUUCCUCUUCCUCUCCCUCUCCUCUCCUCUCUCUCCCUCUCUCCCCCCUCCCUUCCCCCUCCCCUCCCCCCCUCCCUCCCCUCCUCUCCCUCUCCUCUCCCCCCCUCCCCUCCCUCUCCCUCUCUCCCUCUCCCUCUCCCUCUCCCCCCUCCCUCUCCCUCUCCCUCCCCCCUCCCCCCCCUCCCUCUCCCUCUCCCUCUCCCCCUCCCUCUCGCCCUCCCUCUCGCCCUCCAUAGUUCACGUGUUCACAGGAUAUUAAUGGUAGAAUUUUUCAGUUACCUUUAAAUUACUUGGCAUUGUUUAACAGUGAAACAAAUAAACCUAAUUCUCAAUUUUGUUAACGUCUACUGUUAAUUAUACAAGAUGAUGGUGAACAUGUCCCAUGAUGUUCAGCCAGGCCAAGAUUAACUGAGCAUCAUGAAACAUGUUAACAAUCAUCAUGUUUUUGUUAGAUUUUGUAUUACAUGGAUCGUAGCUAAAUGGCAUUUCAUAGUUGUUCAAACUGUACAUUAACAGAUUGGUUAAAAGGGACACUACAGUCACCCAAACCACUUCAGAGGUUUGUGUAUGUGUUCUGUUUUAUCCUGCAUUUUGAUUCCAUGGAGGACGUCUUAUUAAUAAGACAAAACACAUAGCGCUAAUCUAUUGUGCUCCACUGUUAGUUUUUGUUUUUGUUUGUUGUUGUUGUAGUAUUUGUGAUCUUUAAAAAAAAAUAAAAAAAUCAUUAUUUAUUGAAGCAUACCUACAGUUGGCAAUCGAAAUACAAAAAGGAAAGUGUACUACAGUUACAAUAUGGUCACAAAGACAACAUCACAAAUAUAUAGGCAUUUAGUUCAAUUACAGGUGACCCCAACUUGAGCUUGAAGUAAAUCAAGAAGGCAGUAUGCGCAACUAACCAUCAGCAAGUUUUUGUUUUAUAUGAAAGGGAAAGGAAUAACAAGUAGGGUUAAGAAAGCCUCCAGUGGCUGUCUUCCAGACAGCCACGAGGGGUGCUUCCUGGCCUUUCACAGAGUUUGACUGUCAAAUGACGCUGGACAUAAUCACACUUUGGAUGAGGACCUCCAGCGUCUUGCAAAAACUUAUAGGAAAACAUUGAGUCCCCUAUGGGGAAGACCUAAUGCGCACACUGAUGUCGGAGGAGGAUGCAACAACAGAUCCAGCGCCAAAAGACCUCAGCGCAGGAAUCGGUAAGUAUUUUAAAAAGCAUUUUCCUUUAAUAAAGAAUUUGCUGUACAGAAAAUAUUUGCCUUCCUAUUGUUUUAUACUUUUUUUUGUUUUUUUGUUAAUUGUAUAUGUAAUUUUAAUCUCUAUUAUGUUAACUUCAUUCCACAUAUUUUACUUUAAUUGCUUUUUUAACUGUACCUCUCUAUUUUCACCAUUCUUUUUACAUUUUACCCUCUCCUCUAAGCAGUUCUUCUUCACUUUUCACUCCUAAUAUUAUGACCCUGGACCUUCGGUUGUGUCCUUUAGUCCUGUGUUUGUCUUUGUUCUCCCUUAUCUUGUUCCUUUAUUCUGACUUGUCUUUGUUCUGUCAUCCACCCCCAUUCAGGCAGUCUAUUUUCUCAGUUUUAUUAAUACUGCAACUAUCCCCUGUCCCUACCGGCUCACUUCUGCCAUUCCCCCAAUAUUUCACAUUUUCUUACCUUUCAAUCCAAUAUUGGGUUUUCAUCUUAUUACUCUUCCAUUUAUCUAUUCUUCAGCCUCAUAUCAAUGACUUUUUUUUUUUCCUCCUCCCUACACUGCUAUCCUGCCUAAUCUUUCCCUCCAUCCAUAACCUUCGCUCCCCACUCCAUCUUUUGCCCGUGCAUCCCUUCCACCAUUCUCCUUUUUUUCACUUUAUCACUCAGUUCUUUUGCUCACGUAGUGUUUUUUUUUGUUCUCACCCUGAUCUCCUUUUUCUUACUCUGGCUUUAUUUUUGUAUUACUCAUUCACACCUCCUUUGUGCUUCAUGAUUUUCUUACUCCUCUAUCUGAUUCUGCUGUUUUCACAACAGUUAAUUUCUAAAGUUAAUAAUUGCUUGGGGAUUAAAGCUUCCUGUUGCUAUUACCAGAUGCGCUUUUGUCCUACUGUCAGUCUCCCUAUAUAACUGCAUAUAGCAUCUUUAUUAUUUUAAGCAGCAAUCUAAUAUUGAAGGAACACUUUAGUCAGGAACACAAACUUGUAUUCCUGACCCUACAGUGCUAAACCCACCAUUUAUGGUAACAGUUUUUGAUAACACCCUUUUUGAUAACAGUUCCUUAGUAGUCUCCUUCUCUCCACCAUAUCAGCCUUAGACAUCUUCAUUAUAUCAUUUCCUGUUUCCAAAAUUUGUCCCAUGUGUCCCAUUUGACCUAUUCUUCACCAAAUUAGUAGGUCUGAUCUUUUUUCCCCUUUUUCUAUAUCCAGCUACUGUUUCUUCUCCACCAACAUUGGGUGCCCAGCUCUUUUUGCCACCUUCCCAUGGCCCACACCCACCCAUUUUCCUUGUAAGGUUCUUGACUCUUUGCUGCUGCUGCUGCUUUCUAAACCCUGAAAUAUGUAUUAGAGACAUGUUUCCAACUAGUCAGACCAUGGGGGUAAUAAGGACCUGAAUAUGCCAUGUUACAUAGGGCUUAAAAUAUUAACAAAAGAAAUGAGAAGGCACAUGCCCAGACAACCACAAAAGUGCCUCUCAACUAAGGAAGAUUACUUGUGCAAGUCCAACAGGAUAUAUGACUGGGCUCAAAUUGGGGAAAGGUCCAAGGCAGGGUUACUGAAUAAAUGUAAACAACAUUUUAGCUUCAAACGUUCACAUUUAUUCAAUGAACCUGCAGUGGACCUUUAACUAAUUUGUGCCGAGUUCUUUAUUGUGUUUGGAUAAUAUACAGGGUUGACAUUCGUAGAGACACACUCCUUCAAUGACCACUGUUUGUAUGAAUCCUAAUACUUAACUUUUAUUGAGAAUCGUAGAGUACAGGCAAACUCCCAUCAACAGAGGUGUGACUAAAAGUACAUUAUAACAUAUUUUGUAUAUGCAGAUACGUUAGCCAUGAAUAACCCAUUCAUGACAGAUCAUGUUCCAAGAUGGACCUUGUCUUGAACGGGUUCAAAUGACACCUAGGCAUGUUAGGCAUGACAGGUGCACUUUAAAGUAGCUAUUUCUUUUUUUUCUUUUUUUGUGGAUUUUUUUCUGAUAUAUAAACCUAUACCUUUUAGCAUUCUAUCUAAGGAGAGCUCCUAUUUCAAGGCCAGCCUUUGUUCUGCAAUGUUGAAGGCAUUUUCCCGUCAGAAUACUUGAGACGGAUUUGUUCAGGUUUAAUGUGCUGUCUCCACUUUGCGUGUCUUACACGGAAGUCUGGUCACCCACCUGCGCUUGUAGGAAGUGAAAGAACAAUGAAGAUCAGAAUGCUGAACGCUCGUGUAUAUUUUGCUCACCACUUGAAAUAUUCAGGGUGGCUCCCACAAUACUGACACCUUUUUAUUUAAAGGAAAAAACUUUUUUUUUGUUUUUGUUUUGUUUCUGGAACUACAUAAAGGGAUACUACAUGAUAUAUUUUUGUAUUUGAACUCUAAAUAAUCUGUUAUUUCAGCGCAAUACUUUUCCCUUUAUUUGCUUCCAUGCUUGAUGGAUCCAGAUGUUUGGGUCGUGUAGUAAAAUCUGAUUGGCAGCUACCUUGCUUAUGUACAUAUGCUUGCUUUGAUCAUUUUUUUUGUUUUCUUGGCAUUCUGGAUAGUGUACAUUCUGCCAAUGGCUUUUGAUCACAGCUAUUUAUGUUUAAAGGUGCAGUUCUGUCUUUACUACUUUAACACAUUAUUAAAAAUGUGCUUUCUUGGAUGGCUUUUCAACAAGAGAUAGAAAAACAACUGGUUAAAAUUACUGAAACUAGUAGUUGGAAACGUUACAUAAUCAUUUAUCUGUAAGCGUCAUAAUUACUACAAAUCAUUGUAGUGAUCACAGGAUAACGAGUCAUUGCCUUUACGACUCCAGAAUUUUGCGCCUUAUAUUGCCAACCUGCGUUGGGUUGGUAAUGAUGAAAUGUAACUUACAUAGGAUGGUUAUCUGCUGCCGAUAAUCUAUUUAUCAGUUCGGAUCUAUAAAAUCACCACCAUUAAAGGUUUAUCAGGAACUGAUAAAUAUCAGUUUGAAUAUCAAAACCAAUACCUAUAUUCCAUUCAUCUGGCACAUAAUGGCACAUUUAUUUAUUUUACUAUUUGAACCCUGGCAGCACUAGCAACAAGUCGGCACAUAGUUUGAAAAAUGCCUACGGGGUCAAUGUGACCCAGCAUUGGUAUAAAGGCGGAUUAACACCUCCAGUAUGCCCCCACCCACCAUGCUGAGGUGGGGGCAUGUCUGCUAAACAGUCAGCUGCUGGACUCUGCCUUUUCACUGUUGGCAUUACGUUGGCAGUGCAGAGAUUGAUAAAGAUUGAUAUUUAGGUUUUAAAUACCUUUUAUUUUAGAAAUAUAUGAUUUAGAUGUAUUUCUGUAUGUGGGUAUUGUACUCAAAUGCAGACAUGUUUUACAUUCUGCUGCCACUUUUAGUAAGCUGUACUGCAAAUAUUGCCAUCCGCGUCCUUACAAAUACCUAUAAGCAAAAAGUAUUUGGAAAAUGAAGUUUUAGACAGUAUAUGGUGUCCGUAAUGUUGUUAUAAAAUUAAAAAAAUGCUUUUUUUCUGACAUACUGUAGGUGACAAAAUAGCCAAUAGAAAUAACCAAUUUUUUUCACCUACUGUAUGUGAGAAAAAUAGCAUUUUUUUAAAAAUUAUUUUAUAACCUUUCAGACCCUCUGUAAAACAUUUGCAAUAUAAAAUGCACAACAUUUCUGCAUAUGACCUUUUUAUAUGCUAGCUAUGUAUCCCGUGUGUCAAAUAAAAGUUAUGCUAGUAUUUAUUUCCCCCAGAAAGUUUUAUAUGAUUAGUCUUUUUUAGCCUGAAAAUGAAUAUCUCUCACUAGUGGAAAAGUGAGUGAAGCCAGAACACAAACUGUUGGUUGUUUGCUGAGCAGGUGAUGUUGCAUGCAGCCAGAUGAAAGAACAUCUGUAGAAGUAUUUUUUUUUUUUUACAUUUACACUUGCAUUGUUCAUAUAUGCUAUGCUGGUGUUAGAUGUUUAGAUGGUAGACUUUGGCUGAUUGAGAAGAACACUGUACUGUUUCUGUAGAAGAAGGAACACUGCACAGUUUCUGGUAUGGACACUGUAACCUAAUGCAUACCAGAUCAAAUAAUAUUUGUCUGUUACUGAAGUUGCAGUGAUUCAGAGUUUGGGAAUUUGAGAUGUUGCACUGUGAGAUAUAAUUGCAUCGCAUGUUGUAAUUGGCACUGUGCAGGGUAGGAUCCAUCACUCUUAGGGCACGACCUAGACAUGUACUAUCAGCCUUCCCAGCAUUAGUAGAAGCCACACUCCUUUUGUCUUGAGGUUUGUGAGGUGUCCAGAACUUCACAUCGACAUUAAUAUCCAGUAAUAUAUACUUCACUGUUAAUGUUUCAAGCGAUUUGGUUUUUAAUUAACCCCUUAAGGACUCGGUUUCAAAAACUGGACGUACCCUUAUGGAUAUACGCAAUUUUUGAAUUUUUUGCAUCUUUGUCAUUUAUUGCACCAACACAUAUUAUAUACCAUUUUUAGAGGGCAAAAAGAGCUUUAAUUUGAUGUGACAUAUACAUAGGUAAAUUCUCAUUAAUAUAAAAAAAAAAAAACAACAAAAAAAAACCCACAUUAUUUUCACAGUUCUGGCAAUAAUAGCGUGUGCAUAAUAUGUCCAGCUUAGAAAAAGUAAUUCAAAAUAAAUUCAUUUAUGUGUCUUGAUUUAUAGAGUACUUAAUAUGUAUAGGAUUUCAGCUUAUUUUGAAAGUUAAAGGUCACAAAAUAAAAGUACUAAAAUAAAAUUUCAAUGUGAAAUUUUAGAAGUUGGUAUGUUUGUCUUGUAGGUUUAGUAGCCAUCACAGAAAACAAAAUUUCCACACAAGUAUAUCUUUAUAUAAAGUAGACAUCACAGGCUAUUUAGACGUAGCUUUCCGUCUUCCCUGUAUUUCCAGCCCGGUUUCAUCUACGGUCCGGGAGUGAUUUUCGGCAGAUGCUGUGAUCGGAUCUGCUUACACAUCCUAUCUCGUGGUAGGGAAUUGGCGUGCUCCUCUAACCUCACACGAAGGUCGGGCGGACAUGGUAAGUUGCUUUGGCUUACCCCCAGAGUUCUUUAACUCGGGGAGAUUGUUCACAGCAACACCCUUAACCCAGACCCGGUUGUUUGGCGGGUUUAAGCGCUCCCUCCUCCAGGGAUAGUGUAUGUGUCUGGGUAUCGUUUAUUUUAUAUAUUUCUUCCAUAGUUUCAAUUUUUAUGUGCACAUUUUCCAGUUCCAAUUGGUACACAUUUUGUAUCAGUGUUGGGGGCCCCACACUGUGUGUUUCUGGACUUUGAUCUGGACAUAUUGUUGCUAUGAUACAUUUAUCAUUACUGUAUCCAUAUUGAAUCAAUUUAAUUUGUUUUUAAGAUGUUUAAUAAAUACACUUUUAUAUAUACACAUUAAUCUAGAUCUAGACUAUGCCAGAGUUAUUAAUCUGAUCUAUAUUAGUUGUGUUCAGCAGCUGCUGUUUUGGAGUACAGUGUUUAAGUGGUCAUGAUUUAUCAUUUGGAGCGCUCACAUAUCUUUGCUUCUUAAUAUUACAUUUCUUAAAGAAGACAUCCCAGGGUAUUUCAAAAGGCAUAUUCUGAACCUUAGCGUAGGAUCAUUUUUCCGAUAGCUUGUACCAAGUGUAGUGGUAAUAAGCAUUUUUUCUGCCUUUUUGACACACACAGUGAAUUUGCACAGUGUAUUUUGCAAACCUUAUGCGUGCUACAACUGUUUAAUACUUCAUAUGUUGCUCAGCUAUGUUGUCUGAGUACAACAAUACCCCCGUAUGUAUCUUUGCCAGGUAUAUGUGGAUGUUGAAGGGGCACAUUUAAGACGCAGCCAUUCCGUUUUUUUCUAACUUUGAAGUUUUACACUUUGUCAAUGUUUCAUUUUGGAGUAGUUUAGCUGGUUGGUUAUUGAAAGGACCACUAUAGGCACCCAGACCACUUCAGCUCAAUUAAGUGGUCUGGGUGCCAGGUCCAUCUAGGAUUAACCCUUUCUGCUGUAAACAUAGCAGUUUCAGAGAAACUGCUAUGUUUACCUAUGGGUUAAUCCAGCCUCUAGUGGCUGUCUCAUUGACAGCCGCUAGAGGCGCUUCCGUGCUUCUCACUGGGAUUUUCACAGUGAGAAGACGCCAACAUCCAUAGGAAAGCAUUGAGAAUGCUUUCCUGUGGACUGGCUGAAUGCGCGCGCGGCUCCUGCCGUGCAUGCACAUGCAGCAGAUGACUGGGAAUGGAGGAGGAGAGUAUGAGUAUGUUUUCCUGGCACUAUAGUGGUCCUUUAAACCACCCCACAAACACAUACUAUUUAUUAAUGAACAUACCCCGGGGUAAUUCACAAGAGAUAUAGUUUGAACCUUAGCGUGGGAUCAUUUUUUCGCUAGUAUGUUCCAGGUGUAGUGGUAAUGAGCAUUUUUUAAAAUGUAUUUUUUAACCUUUUAAAACUUUGUUAACCCCUAGCUAGCCUAACACCCAAUUCCCCACUACCUUCCACCCACCCCAGCUAGCUAAAUAUAUAAUUUUAAAAUAUUUAAAUUAAUGAAUAAAAUAAAUUUUCACGGUGGCUCCAUGGAUCUCUAUGGGGAAAGUUCAGCGCCAACAUACAGCACUCACCCAGGAGAUACCUUUACUGGCUGUCUGAGUGACAGCCACUGUAGGUGUCCUUAGGCAGCAAUGUAAACACUGCCUAAUGUCUGAAAAGGCAGUGCUUACAGCAAAAAGCCUACAGGGACUGACUAUACUCACCAGAACAACUACCUUAAGUUGUAGUUGUUAUGGUAACUAUAGUGUCCCUUUAAAUACUGAGCCACUCUAAAACACAAACUGUUUUCUAUAGGAAAUUCUUUGAAUGCUUUAUGUCAAGCUGAAAUAAAAUUUUGCUUCCUCUGCUAGUAACUCGGGAAUCUGGAAUUCAAGUAUCUCAAGAUCGGAGUACGUAAUAAACGACACACUUAUAUAGGAUCUUCUCGAGUUUGCUAUAUUAGUAGAAGGAACAGACAUUUUUCUUUUCUGCCAUAAUAAAAACUCAAUUUUUCCGUCUCCUACUUUCUGACAAAAUUGUUAAAGCAGUAGAAUAUAGGUGUGUUCUAAUUAUUCAGUUAUUGGGUUCCUAAUUAGUAAAUAGGCUUAAAACAUGAAAUUUGAGAACUUCACACGUGUCAUCACAGUAAAGUAUCCUUCCAAAAUCAUUCAUUGGUGGAAAUCUUUUCCAUCUUAAUUUCACCAGAGGUAAUGUUUUAUUUAACAGAUAUGUGUUCGAUAUAAUUUAAUCCCUAGUUGAACUUUACAUGGCAAUUUUUUUCCACUGUUAAAUGACCAAUCGCGCAGUACGCUGCAUUGAAUACACAAUAAAUCCAUUAAAGAGCUAAAUCCAGGCACAGUCUGAAUGUUUGCUUUAACCAGGGGAAGUAGUACUUGUGCUUCCUUUGCUAAAUUUCAUUUGCACAAGGUUUAUAGAACCAGAUUAUUCUGACACCUCACUGUUUGUACUGCAAUGCUUGCUUACUCGGACAGCAAGCUGCUUUUUUUAGAUUAUACUGUGAUAAUAAUACAAGUCAAUGCCCUUUUCACUGUGACUAGACACGCAAUAAAGUUACACUAGAAAAGUGGUGGUCUGUCUGCUUCUUCUUACUUCUUUCUCGAGAUAGAAAAUGGCCAGUUAUAUUAAAGGGACACUAUAGUCUCCAGAGCAACUACAGCUUAAUAUAUUUUUUUUCUGGUGAGUAUAAUCAUCUCCUUCAGGCAUUUUCAUGUAAACAUUGCCUUUUCAAAGAAAGGGCAGUGUUUACAUUGCCCCCUAAGGACACCUCAAGUGGCCACUCCUCAGAUGGUCACUGGAAGUGCUUCCUGGUGCAGUGCUGAACAGUGUAGCACUGCCAUUCAGUGUCUCCAUCCUCUGCAUGGAGACACUCUUUCUCAUAGAGAUGCAUUGAUUCAACAUAUAUCUAUGAGGAGGUGCAGUUUGGCUCACCCAUUGUUUGGCCGCACCCACCUCAUCCCGCCUCCUUGCGGAUUUCAGCCAAUCCAAAGCUUUCCCUAUGGGAAAGCAUUGGAUUUGCCGAAAUCUAUUAAUUCUGAUGUCAGCACUGCAGGUCGAGGGUGUGGCCAGAGGUGGCGGACCCACGUGGUGCUGGAAAUAAGGUUAGUUUUCUUACCGUUUAAGGGGGCUAAGGGGGGGCAAGCCACCUAAAUGGUGGUAUUAACACUAUAGGGUCUGGAAAACAUGAUUGAGUUCCUGACCCUAUAGUGUUCCUUUAAAAUAUAUCUUUGUACGGAUUAUUCUGGUGAAUGCCAAUAAACUGGUGGCAGCUUGGGUCAGGAAGCUAUCUGCAGUGCAUUUUCUCAAUUAUUUUUGGUAAUCCCAAUAACAGUGACUGGUGUGUAUCCAUGAAGGCAUACUUCCAGCCUGUUACAUACCCCCAUACAUACAGUCACAUAUAGCUGUCAUUCUAGUUACAUUAACCUCACCCACUGAUUUACACUAUAUAUGCAGUCAUUUACCAACAUUUCUAAUAAAUCUGCGCUUUUAGACUGGUUUUGGAUAUUUGGAAUGAGAAGUGGGUUCCAACAACAUCUGUAGUGUUUAGUCUUUAAAUCUUGGAAAAUGUCGCUAGAAUUGAUAACUCUAAGGAGGAUAUUUACCAAAGAAAAGUAGGUGCAUUUUGUGUGCAAAGUUUUAAAUGUAGAAAGGCAUUCCAGUAGUUUCCGUUGUGAUUUAUCCUCUUAGCACAACACUCUCUCUCACUCUCUCUCUCUCUCUCACAAUCUCACUCUCUCAUAAAGACUGUGUUCGGUGCCUGCACCAAUAUAUUCGUAUGCUUAAAGGAACACUAUACAUUUAGGAGUACAAGUGUUUAGAAAAACGGUCCUCACCUGAGAGGAAAAAAAAGUAGUUCUGCUUAACCUUUCUCCCUCACAGGUCUCCAUGACUUGUCCUGCCUCUUUGGCUGAGAUUAUCGAGAUUUCCCAUAAGAAAGCAUUGGGAGACUAGUGACUUGAGGACCAUCUGGGGAAGCCCCUGUAGUUGCUGCCUGAGUGACAGCCACUAGAGACACUUAAGCCAUACAAUGUAAACAUUGUCAUUCUGCAGAAUGGCAAUGUUUUCAGCUGCCCUCCAGGCGGCCUGACCACUUCAUUGGGAUGAAGUGUACUGGGUGCCUAUCAUGUCCAUUUAAAUCACUUUCCCCAGGUACACAGGGUCCCAGCUAGCAGUGCAGUCUGUGUUCUGGUAUUGUUUGUAUUUGAAACAGCCCUAUUAUCAAAAUCCCUACACAGUGAGUAAAAUCCCAGCUUGAUUUACUUAUUCUCGGGAAAACGCUGGUGUUUCCUGUUCCUUUAAGACUAGCAUUACUGAUUUCUCAGGCCAGUUAUAUCAUCCAACAAACUGAAUUCUUUAGUGACUCAUCCCCCCCCCCCUCCCCAAGGCAAUUUAUGAAAUUAUUCUUUCACAAGCACAGGUGGAUCCGUCAGAGUGACAGAGAAACUAAUUGAUUCCCCUUCGCUCAUUUGUGCUUGAGGACUGAAAAUGGUUAUAAAAGAAAUACAAAUUAUUAUCAUAAUACUUAAACAGCAAACAUACACAUCAAUGUCCUGCAGAGGUCAGAGGUACAGCAUGACAUUUUCAGUCAUAUUAAUAAAAUGUGUUACUGCCUACAGUUAUUUUGCAUAGCACAGCCAGCCAGGAGAGAUGGCACACCACAAUAAAGUGGAAGGGUCUAAGAAGCCUUGGACAGACACUGCUGUCCUCUGCAGGAAUAAGAAUAAGCCCCAUGCUUUUAGAUCGCAAGUGCGUAGACUAAAGACGUAUCUUCUGUCCUAAUAUGUGGUUUUUGUGACAUAGCAGCAUAGAUAAUAUUUUUGGGGACAUAUUUAGACAAUGCUUCACCGUAUUACAGAAGAGAAGGGGAGGAUGUGAUUUGGAAUGUUAUAGUUUGUGGUAUUUAUUAUCAAGAAAUUCCAAAAAUUAUAUGUUGAUGUGAUUUUCAUUAUAUAUUACUAAUGUAUUUAUUAAUUUUUAUCCUCAGGAUCUCCACUAUUGCUCUUUGCUAACCGGCGGGAUGUCCGGAUGGUCGACGCAGGAGGGUCUAAGUUGGAGUCUGUCGUGGUAAGCGGUUUAGAAGAUGCUGCUGCAGUCGAUUUCCACUACUCACAGGGCAUUAUUUACUGGACGGAUAUCAGUGAAGAAUCUAUUAAAGAAACUGUUUAUAAUCAGAGUGGGAACUUGCAGAAUGUUGUUAUUUCUGGGUUGGUGUCUCCAGAUGGGCUGGCAUGCGAUUGGAUUGGCAAAAAGUUGUAUUGGACAGACUCUGAAACUAACAGGAUAGAAGUGGCCAACCUGAAUGGAACCUACAGAAAUGUCCUCUUCUGGCAAGAUCUCGAUCAACCAAGGGCCAUUGCCCUGGACCCAGCUCAUGGGUAAGUUGUUGUCUGAAUGUAUCUAUCAGGAGGGACGCAAAGGGGACCCAGGGGAUUCCCCAAAAAUCUAGUGUUAUAAAUAAUUUUAUUUAUGAUGCUGGUGUGUUCCUCUAAUAUAAGUAGCUUUUAUAUUAGCACACAAAGACAUAAAAAAUAGGGGGGGAGGGGGGAAUCAUAAACUUUUACAUAUACAAUUCGUGUAUCUAAUUAUUUAUUACAAGAUGAUUGCAGUCAUUAGCCUUACGAUAAGUAACAGUGAAGUAGGUUUAAGUAAAAAUAAAUAAAAUAAAUAUAUAUAUAUAUAUAUAUAUAUAUAUAUAUAUAUAUUUUUGUGUUAGGUGCUUAAGAUAGUGCAGUGUGAAAUACCAUGAAUAAGCGUAGGAUGAUAAAGGAGCAAGUCGGUUGUGGUGUGCCGAAACCGACGAUGAGGUAGGCCUGAGAAAGAAGAGGGCCCACCCAGGAAAAGAAAUAGAAAGGAAAAUAAAUGUUAAAAGUGGUGUGGUGGGAGGGUCAUUCAACGCUGACCUCGAACGGUAAGGAGCCAGGCAAGGGGAGUGCCUUAAGUAGGCUAGGGGUAGAAAACCAGCACCUCCCACAAAUGCAGGCAAAUUGCCUUAAUACUUGUGUUAGGUGCUUAAGAUAGUACAGUGUGAAAUACCAUGAAUAAGCGUAGGAUGAUAAAAGGAGCAAGUCGGUUGUGGUGUGCCGAAACCGACGAUGAGGUAGGCCUGAGAAAGAAGAGGGCAAAAAUUAAGUAAUCCAGUUUAUUAACAGACAACCAAUACAUAUACAUUUAUCAACCAGACAUGUUUAUGAAAGCAUCUCUUAACUCUUGUACUGGGUUCGGUAUGUACCGUGAGUAAGCGGAUGACUUCCAGCGCCCCAGUGUUUUGAUAACAUGAGUUGGGACGUUGAAACUGGAGGCUGUGGACGCGGCUCCUAUACGAAAGGAGUGUCCUGAGUAAUUGUUUGCGUUGAGGCCCAGUUGUGUGAGCAAGGACCUGACGUAGGUCAUGAAGGUUGUAGUGGUGAGUACUGCACCUUGUAGUUGUAAUAACGGUUGCGAGGGCAGUAAGUGAUGGUGCUGUAUGUAGGCAUCAAGAACUUUUACGGGACACCAUCUGUUGUGCGUGGGGUAGUACGGAAUGUUUACAGGUAUGUGCUGGCUGGUUUUGGAGUGAGGUAAAGACAGGAUGUAAUGAUCCAUAUGUUUUGUCAAGUGGGAAUAGAGGAGGAAUGGAGUGGUUUGGGUCGUGGAGGUCGUAGUGAAUUCUCUGGGUCGUAGAAAUCCAUAGAAAGCGAUGUAUAUUGCUGUUUUGAUGAUAGAAUUCGUAUUAGUGUCAAAUGGUUUCAGGUCGAGUAGGUUAGAUAAAGCUUUGAAGAUAUGGUUAUCUAUGGGUAGCCUCUGGGCCAAAUGUGUGGGUUCUGAUUUUUGAAUACCUCUGAGUAUGGUCUUAAUUUGGUGAGAGGCCAUGAAACUGUUGUUAUUUGGGUGUAAGAUGAGCAUGUGGUGUUGAAUGCCAGUGAGAUAGAGUUUGAUGGUGUUAUAUGACAAUUUGAGUUUAAGGUGGCAAAAGGAAGCAAACCCCAAAAAAGAUGUCAUAACAAACGGUUGUAUGAUGUUAUGUUCCAGAAGGAAUCGUUUGAAUAGUGUGAAAGCCCUGUUGUAUGUUUUGUUUGUAUUGUGUGAAAGUGCCAACUGAGACAAUGUCCUGCUAUGCUGCAUGAUGACGUCUAGUCCAGUAUGAGUUGUUGAAAUGUUGGAGUGAUGGUGGCUGUGGGUGCUGCUGACGGGAGUGCUUGAUGAAACUCCUGAAAUUUAAAGCGAGACAAACUGUCAGCAGCUGUGUUGUAUACACCUGGCACAUGGAAACAACAUAGGAAGAAAUUAUGACAAGCUGCCAACCAAGUGAGUUUCCUCAGAAAUCUCAUAAUCGUAAGAGAUUUGGAACGACCUUUGUUGAUGAUGUGACAGGUCGCCUGGUUGUCUGAGUAACAACGCACUGGCGUAUUAGCCCAUAAAUGACCCCACGCUACGGCAGCCGCCACUAUGGGGUAGAUCUCAAAAAGAGCUGAGGUAGUGGAAAAACCUUCCAAAUCCAGAACUGCUGAAGGCCAGCUGCCCCAAAGCCAUUCGUUCCCAAAAAUUGCUGCAAAACCAGUGGUAGAUGCCGCAUCUGACCAAAUGGUAGGAGAUGAUUCAGUCAAUUGAGGGAGGAACAUACUUUUACCAUUCCAAGUGGUUAAAACCUCUUCCACAUGUUUAGAUCUGCCGUAGCUUGGGCAUCUAAGGACAACCUGUGCGUGUCAUGUAGAAAAAGUGGAAAAAGAUGCAAUAGUCGUGAAAUAAAGGAGCGGCCUUGAGGUAUUGCAAAAUUUAGUGACCCCAGCAGGGACUGUAGUUCUUUGCGGUUGCAAGUGCCGAGCUGUAGGUAGUUGUUUAUGUAAGUGAGAAUAUUGUCUAUCUUCUCGUAAGGUAGGCUUGCUUGCAUUGUGGCAGAGUCUAACUGGAUACCCAGAAAAGUGAUAACCGUGUCUGGCCCUUCUGUUUUCUUUGGGGAGAUGGGUACACCUAGUUGCUCAAACAGCUUAGUGGUAGCUUUGAGGCUAGUGGGAGGUGCAGUAUUCUCCUCGACCAGUAGGAAAUCGUCCAAGUAAUGUAAUACUGUAGGGCAUCCGGCUAUGUUCAAUAGUAACCAGCAUAGUGCUUCGGCAAAUGUGUCGAAAAUAGCUGGGCUACUUUUGGACCCAAAAGUUAACCGGGAGAAAAAAUAGUAGUUCUCGGACCACUUGAUGCCAUGCAGGUGCCACAGUGUGGGGUGGAUAGGGAGUAAUUUGAAGGCGUUAGUAAUGUCGGUCUUACUGAGCCAGGCUCCCACCCCUGCUUGUAUGAUGGCUGUAAUGGCGUGAUCUAUGGUGGUGUAUUGCAGAGAGAAUUCCUCAGAGGGUAUGAGGGAAUUAAGACUGGGGUUGGCCGAUGAGUGGGGAGCCGAUAAGUCAAUGAUGAGUCUCUGUUUUUGGGAAGAUUUCCCUGUGACAAUACCAAUAGGGUUGGUGCGCCAUUCUGUGAAUGGGGGAGUUCUAAAAGGCCCCAAUACAAAGCCCUCCUCCACUUCUUGGUUUAUGAGGGUGUCAACCACUGUGGGGUUGUGUUGGGCGGAUUGUAGGUUUGGGCAUUCCAGAGUGCCAGCUGGUAUGUGUAGGAUACCUGUGUGGAAGCCUUCUGUUAAACCAGAAAUAAGAAAAUCUACCAGGUGUCUAGAUGGGUGCUGAGACAUCAAUGCUGUGAAUACUGGCAUAUUAAUGGACGUAAGGUAAGGCUUAGAAUACAUUUUAUUUGGACACAUGGUCUUAGCAUGUGCCCUAAAACAUUUUGAACAGACAUGCAAUAGUCUACAUCCACUGUAAUUACAAGACCCAACAUUGAAAUUAUUACAUAUCUGGGACUUGCCCAGAAACUUGAUUGGGCGUCCCAAUUUGUCUUUGGAUAGUUUCCCUGGAUCCCCAGAGGAACUAGUUCCUUGUGUGGAGGCAUGUCCGUCUGCCGUGUUGGGACAAAAAUUAGUAGUAUGGGCUGUGGAGGAGCAGUAUGCACAAGCUGGUGUUCUUAGACCUGCAAAGUGUCUGCAGAAUAAGACGGUAUCAAUCCUUCCCCAGUUGGACCGUGUACCGUACUGGGAGAAGGCUCCAGCCACUUUUGCAGAAAAAGACCUAUGGUAGUCAUAGAAUGCUGAACCACCAUAUUUGUUGCCCAGGUCUACCAGCUUGUGCAUAUAGAGAUCGAACUCCUCUCUUCUGUUGGGAUAAACCGCACAGACGACAUCCCUGUAAAUACCAAACGCUAGUACAAAUUCAGGGAUAGUCAGUUUCCUGUUCAGGCGGGCAUCCCUAGAUCUGACAAUAACAGAAACAUCAUCAUAAGCAUACGUCUUAUGUUCCACAAUGUCCUGGGAGGCAAUCAACAGGGAAGCCAGAUUGACGUCUUUACCUUCCAGGAUAUCCCUUUUGAUAUGCUCAGGUAUCAUGUGGGCCGGGCUAACUUCCUGGUCAUCCAGGGGGCUGGCUGGAGCGACUAAUGGCAAGGCUGGUGUUUGUACCGCAGCCGCGGGUGGCCCUGCUAGAGUGAGGGCCGUGGUGACCGACUCAAGUUUCUCCAGCCUGGAGUUGACCUUGCCCAUGGAUGCCAUGAGUGAGGAUAACAUGGCAUGUAUGUCCCCUGGGUUGGACUGGCUAGAUCCUUCCCCGGCUUCCAUGUUAUUGGUUGAUGUGCGUAGCAGUUUGAAAAGUUCUGCCUUCCUUGCUGUAGCGGGGUAGGGGAUUUGUCGUCUCCUUAAUUCCGUGGUUAUGCGCGGGAUUGUCCAGGAUCUAAUUGAUGCUGGACUAGCUAGCUCUCCUCCUUGUGUGGGAGUGACAGCUCUAGCCGGGGUGCUAGGCAGGGAGAAAUCCUCUACCCCUUCCUGAGACAUACUAUAAAUAAAACAAUAAUUAGUAUAUAGAACCACCAAAUUGUACUGGCAGGCUAGCUAGGCCGGAUGGCGAAAGUAUUAUGCUUGUUUGGUGACAGGUGAGGCCCUACUAAUUGCCAAGCGGCUUGAGAGGCUCUAUCUAUGCGUUGGCGCGAGGGGUUAUUGAGGCCACUUGACGUAGUGGCAGGAGUUUUAGGCCUCUCGGUGACUGUACGACAGAAAACAGGGGAAGGGAGUGACAGGUGAGGCCCUCUCUUUGCAACAUGCGAGGCGGCUAGCUAACGUGUGGCCCGAUGGGUGUUUGCCUCCGAAACGUUUGAGGCGGGGUGUUGGCCUCGCGGGACCACUAACUAAUGGCGACAGCCAAGAUGGGGUAAAUAUCUAUUGGGAAUCCUGUGACCCUAUUGCCAGUACUCUGAACUAGGGGGAUGAAAUGAAAUGUAUGGUAGAAUACCAUAUGAGCAGGUGUACGUACCUGGUAGUAUGAUAAAUCACAGGAAUAAACCGUGUGGAGCAAUUAUAUAAGCUCGACAGCCUAAAAAUGGGUAAAAGAGAGUAGUACGAUGAGUGUGGGGUGUAAAAAGAACCAGACUUAUAGUCUGUAGCAGCAAUGUAUAAAAUUAUGUUGAUACCAUGGGAAUAGCUAUGAGUGGCUCAGAAAUGUUUGCAUGUUUGAAUAAGACAUCUGAGGGAGGCCGUGGCCUAUGUACAAACAAUCUAUGUGUUACGUGAUAAUGGUGUGUAAAGGAAAACAUGAAACGUAGGUUAUAUACAUAUGUAUAUGACUGUGUAGGGGACGUAUGAUUGGUUGGAUCAGUACGUGUGAUUCAACCCGAGUAUGCAUGCAAAAGGAUGUGAGCCUUAUGUGUCAUCGUCAUGACAGAGAAAUGAGGCCUGUAAUGUAGGCUGAGUAAAUUGAAAUGAAAUGGAUAGUUAUAAAACUCCUGGCGUGGGAGUUCAAUGAUCUGUACCGAAAUGUAACUGGUUUUAUAGAAAGGGACAUGAGGUCAUGGCCUAAUUAACACAGCGUUAUGUAUGAUAUGUAGCAGAAAGACCAAAGGCAGGGAUACCCCAAAAUGAUUUAACAUGUAAAGUGAUGUAUAUCUAUAUGAUAUGUAUAGCAAAGACGUAUCAGCCCGAGAAUUAUUGCUUAAAUGAACCUAUCCUUGUAUGUGUUGUAUUAAUAACCCAGAAUUGAGGCUUGUAACAUGGCUGAGUCCAUUCGUAUAAAUGGAUAAGUAAUGCAGACCCCUGAAAGCGUGGGAGUCAAAUGGUAUACACAGAGAAGUGGACUUGAUUUGUGGACGUAAUACAAUACUGACAAUUUGUUAAAAGUAAUCAACAAUAAUCUAUUCAAGCAAGCAAUACUUUAACCGAAUGUUAUAUACACAUGAAAUGGUGAAUAUAAUUCAUGAAAGGAUUAUACGUGAACACACAGAACAGCCGAAAGCAAAAUGUGAGGGGAACACAGAAGUAUGAAUAGUUUAACCGUAUGAUUUAUGCGAACCGAAGCGUGUGUGAGCGUAUGUAAAAUUUGCCGAACGGCAAAAAUAACCGAAUGAACAUUCGUUUAAAUAACAUGAAUAGGAUAUGCGAAAUGACUAUUGAACGAUUUAAAACAUGUUCAGCCGAAUGACCGUACGAAUGAAAAGCCCGCGAAUGGCUUGAAACAUUCGUGUCAUAACCAGGGAAAAGCCGUAAAGCGAGGACCCGUGCUGUACCGUACGCCGUGGGAACCAGUCCUGGCGUGACAGGAAGGUCUGACUUACGGUUUAGGAGUCCCUGGGACGCGAUCUACGACGGAGAACGGAGUCAGAAGAAGCUGGACGGGCGGAAAGGCCUGAACAGGAUUCCUGGACACAGCUUAACGUGGUGAAACCUCCUGGAUACUGAAACCAAGAUGGCGUCUGAGAGAACCCGGAAGUGGAUCCUCAUUCAACGCUGACCUCGAACGGUAAGGAGCCAGGCAAGGGGAGUGCCUUAAGUAGGCUAGGGGUGGAAAACCAGCACCUCCCACAAAUGCAGGCAAAUUGCCUUAAUACAUAUAUAUAUAUAUAUAUUUUUUUUUUUCUGGAUAAUCAGAAAUUGAGAUAUAUAUAUAUAUUUUAUACUUAAAGGGACACUAUAGUCUCCAGAACUACAGCUUAAUGCACCUCCAGCAUCGCUGAAAUCUCCAUAGGAAAGCAUUGAAUAAUGCUUUCCUAUGGGGAGGUCUAAUGCACAUUAGGUCUCCCCCGCUGGCUGACGUCAGCGGGGGAGGAGAGUAGGCGCUGGACUCCGGUAAGUCACUGAAGGGAAGGGGGCACUCCAAGAUCCUGCAGUGCCACUGGAGAAUUCCUUUAAAGAAAAAAAGCAAAGUCUUCUUUGUUUAUUGUUGCAUAGUAUAUGCAACAACCACUACCAGGUACUUAGGAUGCUCUAGGUUGGACUUUCACAAAUUUUUCAUGUGUUCAAUAUGUGCAGAAGUAAGAAAAAAUAAAUAAAUAAGCAUAUUUGCAUGUGAUGAUCUGCUGUAGCAGUAAAAUAGCCAUGUUUCAUUAUUUAACUUGUGCCUGAACUUUUCUGAAUGUGCAAUUUAAAGGAACACUAUAGCAUUAGGACUAUAAACCCACUCCGCCUCCUGCAACGUCACCCGGCAGCUGUUGCUCUCAAUCAGAUAAACUAAGAAGAUUAGGGACUGGUGCGCAAGAACGGCAAACGCUGCAUGCACAUCCAAAUGCUUCUUGUAGGAAAGCAUUGAAUUCAAUGAUUUCCUCUGAUCUAAAUUUGGUGAAGUAACGGAGUCUCACUCUGUCAUUGUAGAGGAAGCAUCUCUAGUGGCUGUCUGGAAGAUCGUCACCAGAUAUGUGCUUAAAGGGACAAUAUAGGCACCCAAACCACUUCAGCUCAUUGGGUGCAAUGUCUGGAAGACGUCCACUGGAGGCGCUUCCUGCAUCGUGGAUAUCCUCACACUCUGCAUAAAGACAUCCAGCGUCAGAUUUUUUUUCCCCCAUAGGAAAACAUUUGCCGCACAUGUGCAUUAGCAACCGCUCGUCGCAGAACACUGGGCAUAGCGUCGACCCAGCGCCAAUGGACAUCGGUGCUGUGCUGGACAGGUAAGUAAAUAAGGAGGGGGCACGAGGGAGGGGGGCGAUAAUGCCAGUAAUACAGCUUUGUAUUCCUGGCACUAUAGUAUCCCUUUAACAAAACCGCAUUGUUUUACAUUGCAGAGUUAAAAGGAAAGGGCCACUGCAACCAGAUCACUUCAUUGAGAUGAAGUGGUGUGGGUGACUUUAGAGGUCCUUUAAAUUUUAAAGCACCAUUGCUUCUUCAUGCAGUUUCUUGUUCCCUCAGUCUAGUAAAUGUUAAUGAAGUGCUUACUGCGGUAAAUGAUACUUCUGGAGUAACUAAAACAAACAAAAAACAAAACUUACACCUACUACACUUGCAUGUCUUUGGAGACUUUGCCUCCUAAACAGAAAUGAAAGAAUACUUAUGCAUCCCUUCAGUAAUACUAUAUGUGCGCAUAAUAGGCAGUGUCCAGUAUACUUCCUCUUUCUUGCGAUCCCGAACAAGGAUAACAAAUCCAAAUGAAAAAUGGGGCUCCAAUAAGAGGGUAUGCGAGCCUUAACCUGGACCUCGAAGUCAAGCUGGAAGAGAAAGGAGAAUAUGGUAAUAUCCAAGUAUAAAAUUGGAUUUAUGCAUAAAAUCGCAUUAAUAUAUAUAUAUAUAUUGGCCCCAGCAGCACCCUAUAAUGUAUGCAUGUUUAGGUGAGUGCAGCCCUCUUGGUUUUGUUUGUAUAUUUGGGAGUCUAGGCCAGCUCCUUGGUUUUGCACCCCUCCCUGUCACAGGUGCCUCAUUCCAGGACCCUAUUUAGCCUUGACUUGCAGAGAGUCCCAGUAAGGAAGUAUUUCCCAAGUAAGUGGAUCAAUCUCAUAAGGGCAAGCAUUAGGCUGCUAGAGUAGGACCUGCCAAGAAUGGGGUACAUUGACGUUGUGGCAGGCUUAUGCAAUAUAUGAUCAUAUAAUGUAACUAAACCCCCAUUAUUUUUUGCCUAGGUGAGGUGUUUUUAAAUAAAACUAUUACAAUCUCUAAGAUUUUGAAAGCAUUGUUUAGUGAAUAAGUGAGUGCGCUGGAUUCUGUAUUUUUUAUAUAUAUAUAUAUAUAUAUAUAUAUAUAUAAAAAAUUCAGUUUAGCCAAUAAAACCCAGUUAUCAUGAAAAUACUUAUCCAGAGAAGACCAAACCUCCAGGGAUGGGAGGGAGGGAUAAUGCUCUCCUUCGUGUUAUUCAUAAAAUCACGACUUUACGUCAUGUUAAUAGUAAAAUCUGUGAAUUUUAUUAAGACACGGGGGCUCCUAUUAUGCUAGUGUAAAGCUGUGAAAUUAUGUUUCCUGUGAAGUGUUGAAUAGGUCUAAAGUAGAAAUCAUGGAAUGUAGACUCUGAAGACCAGUUGCUCUCAUAAUAUCCUCCAAGCGACAACCAAUUGAGGAAGCUUAGAAGCCAUUGCCCCACGAACCGAAUGAGACGCAAACACAUAAGUAUCAAUACCUGCUAGAGACAUAACAUAUUUGACCCACCAGGCUAGGGUAGACACAGAUAGACGUGACUUUUGGAAGGAGAUGAAGAGUUCCAGUUUCAAAGGAUUCCAUAACGUAGUGGAAUGAAGUUCAUACACCCAUAAGUAUGCAACAGGGCAAAGGAGAGAUCUAUCAGGUAAAGUUGGGUAUAAAAUAAUUUUAGAGGAAGUUUUUGUUGUCCGAGAAAUGGAAGGAGGCGUGGAAGGUCGAUAGCCAUCUCCUGAAGAGGAGGGAACAAUGGUUGGUAUGGCGAUAGAGGAGCCAUGAUCACCAGGUGCCGAAUUGGCGACGCAGAUGGAAAAAGGCAACGAGGAAAGGGUGGAAAAGUGUAAUUCCUUGAAGACCAAUCUUGGGAGAAAACAUUCGUAGCCAGUGCUGUCAGAUCUGGUCUGGGAAAGUUGAGCAUUCAAACGAGAAGUGGAAAAAAAUCUUUUUCCAAUAGACCCCAUAGGUUCCAGAUGUCUUGGAAGAACAUGAAAUCCAAGUUUCAUUCACUGGAAUCUCUGAGUAGGCAUGAAUACCAGUCUGCCGUAGUGUUGGAGAGACCUUGAAUAUAUUCUGCCAUGACUGAAAUGCCAUGCAUCAGGCAAAAUCGCCAGAAUCGCGAGCCAUGUAGGUCAGAAUUUAGUAUUUUGUGCCUCCAAUCGAUUGAUGUAGCGGACAGCUGACACGUUGUCCAUCUUCUGAAGGAUAGCACAUUGGGCAUGAGUUGGGGAGAAACUGCGGACUGCAAAGGAACAGGCCAGAAGUUCCAAGCAAUUGAUGUGGAGUGUCGAUUCCAGGUCUGACCAUCUGCCCUUGGUGGAAAUAUUUCCACAUUGAGCGCCCCAACCGUGCAAACCUGCGUCUGAUUUGAUUAUCCAAUCUGGAGCUGUACAGAAUAUGGCCCGUUCAUUCCAAGCUUCCAUGUGACAAAGCCACCAUUGGAGUUCAUCCUUUGCUUCUGAGUCCAGAGUUACCAUAUCCGUGAAUGAUGCGCUGCCCUUGAGAUGAAGUUUGUGAUCGUUGUACGGCUCGUUAGCCAAGAAGACCUGAAAAAAUUACUUGUAUAGAAGCUGCUAGAAGGCCUAACAUUCUCGAUAGUUGUUUGAGAGAGAGUUGAGCGGUUGCUAGUGUUCGCCUAUCUCCUUCUUGAUACUGGCUAAUUUUGCCACCAGGAGGUCUAGAGUUUAAAGGGUAGAUUCUACAAUAAUGCAAUAUAACCCAGAAAUUUGAUUUGUUGCGUGGGAACAAUAAUGAAUUUCUCCCAAUUGAUCAGAAAGCCUAGGUUCUCUAACAGAGUCAAAGGCAAGGAAUGGAAUGUCAGGAGUCAUUGAAUAGACUGAGCCAGAAUGAAAAUGCUGUCUAAAUGUAUUAUAAUACAUUCUCCCCGACUCUGUAGCAGGGCGAUCAUAGGUUUCAUGAGUUUGGUGAAGCAUCAUGGAGCCAAAGACAGUCCGAACGGGAGGCACCUGAACCUCCAUUUACUGCCCUACCAUGUGAAAUGCAGGAAGUUCUUGAUCUUGAUGGAAUCUUGAUGUUGGACUGCGAUAGGCACUGUGAGAUAUGCAUCCUGCAGGUCCAAUUUGGCCAUCCCAUCUGCUGUUUGGAGAAGAUCUCUUAAGCAAUGCCCUCCUUCAAUCUUGGAAGUGCUGAUGUGCCUCAUAACCAUUGAGCUGUCUGCUGUUGCGCACGUAACCUAGGGUAUGGGCUGGAAUCUCUACGAUGGCUUGUUUGCGCAUCAGUUAUUUUAUUUCAACGGAGACCAGGUCUGUGUUUCGUUGGGGAAAAAACAAUUUCCCUCAAUGGGAACAUUGAACAGGUAGAGAAAGGAAGUCUAUGCAAUACCCUUUUACAGUGUGAAGAACCUAAGCAUCCGAUGAAAUGAGGGACCAUAAAUGUGAAAAAUGUGUGAGCCUGCCUCCCACUAUCAGUAGGAAAGAAUGGAGAUUGUGAAGACUUACCAUAAGGUCUUCAUCCUGAAUGAGCAUCUCUUAGGCCACUAACAACCCAGGGUCGAUCACGUCAUUGGAAGAAGUUUGGUAUAGUGCAUUGUUCAAAGAAAUUGGCUCGGCCAGUAUAAGAGCCUUGGUUCUGUCUAAAAUAACUUCUGUUUAUUCAUUGUUCAUUUAUUUUAUUAUUUUAUUCAUUUAUUAUUUAUACUGCACCUUGCUUUUCUGGCCCCAGCAAAAUCACUAGGGGUUAAAUAACUUGCGCAUCUUGGAUUGCAUUUUAUCUAGAGCAGUCAAUGUGUGGACAGAGGAGCCCAAUUCUUUUACAAAGUUGUCCCCAAAGAGAGAUCCUUUUGCCUGUAUGUCCGGCUCGUUCAGAGCCAUAGUUACACGUAUGGGCUCAAUCUUGAGCAAGAUCGAUUUGCGGCGUUCUGACAACUGCAUUGUUGCCGUUGCUUAAAUCACACUCUGGAUCUAACCACUUAAGAUGGCGCAAUCUAAUUCUAGAUCAUUCUAUACUGCUUCAAAGAUUUUAUCCUGACCGUUUUGCAAUGGAAAUCUAAGCCUUUAGUAGGCGUCCAUUCUGUCUUACUCAGGAAUUGAAUGAUCAUCUCGUUUUACAUGCAUCAUGAGGGACUGUUUGGCGUGGGCAUUCAGCCCCCAAUUUAUUUCACUUUUCCUUCUCAAAAGGCUUGCGCACUCUGGAUGCAAUAUACUUGGCUACUUGGUCUGAGGAGACCACUGGGUGACAUAGGUUGUCAGGCUCGAAUAGGGGUUCACCUUGAGUGUCCAAGAUCCUAUCGGUGUCCCCUGAGACCACAUGAUCUACUUCAAUCUUGGUAGGUUUAAUAGGACGUAUAUCCCGCGCGGGAUUAGCAUCCUCUCCAUCAGUAAUUUCAUAAUCCGGAUCAGAAAGAUUCUCUGAAUUCUCCAUAUAGGACUCCGGUAACUCCUCCUCAAUAUCACUGAGCUCAGAUUGAGAGUUCAGUUGGGCUUUUGCUCUUUUCCAAAGUCUAGUCGACUUUGCCCGACUAGUGGCUCUCUUGCGAGGUGGUAAAUUAGUCACGCCAUCGGUGACAGGUAUGGUACUGUCCGUCUCUAUUAUUUUGGAGGAGUGUUUAUCCUUAUAUGAGGCCUUGCGGCUAGGCUGAAGCAGUGCAGGUGUGAGUACAGGUACUGCCACCUGAGUAGUUGGCUGAGCCGAUUUCUGUGCCUGUAACGCGGCCCCUUUAAAGUAAUCCGUACAAUCAAUAGCAGAGAUACAAUUCCAAUAUAAACGAGGUCCAAGAUGGUGUCACAUUUUUCUAUGUCCUGUUGCUCCGAGUCACUUCUGUAUUUGUUUUAUCAGGUACACAUACUACCAAAUAUUCAAAUUUAAAGGAGCACUAUAGUCACCUGAACAACUACAGCUAAAUGUAGUUGUUCUGGUGAGUAUAUUAGCUCCCUUCAGGCAUUUUCAUGUAAACACUGCCUUUUCACAGAAAAGGCAGUGUUUACAUUGCCUCUAGGAACACCUCCAAGUGACCACUCCUUAGAUGGCCACUGGAGGUGCUUCCUGGCUCAGUGCUGCACAAUAAGCAGCCCUGCCGUUCAGCGUCCCCAUGCUCUGCAUGGAGACACUGAAUUUACCUCAUAAAGAUGCAUUGAUUCAAUGCAUCUCUAUGAGGAGGUCCUGAUUGACCAAAAAGGCGAUUUUAGCCAAUCCAAUGUUUGGGAUGGGAAUGGCAUAGGGAUGGGAAAGCAUUGGGUUGGCUAAAAAUCUGCAAUUUUUCUGAUGUCACAAAGGGGGCGGGGUCAGCACUGGCAGAACCGCGCAGCGCUGGAAAUAAGGUGAGUUUUAAAGGGUGGGGGGAGGGGGGCAACCCACCUAAAUGGUGGGUUUAGCACUAUAGAGUCAGGAAUACAUGUAUAUGUUCUUGACCCUAUAGUGAACCUUUAAAAUACUUUUGAAGUUGCAGCCCUCCCGAGGAUCAUGUCAAUAUGUGCUUGGACGCUGCGUGACUCUUCACAGUAAAGUUUCAUAGCAAUUAUUAUUUAGCAAAAUAGCCAUGAUGUACUUUACUUAAGAAUAUACAGAUGUUUGUUUCGCAAUGUAAAUAUAAACAAUCUUAUCUGUUUGAUGACUGUUGCUCUGAACAUCUCCUACCUUGAACUCCUUUGCACCAUCCCCCAUGAAUAUUACUUCAACAAAACAGUUACUGUUAAUUUUAAGGUUAUACAUUGAUCUAUUCUCUGUUGUGCAAUAUUUCUCAAUUACUCCUUUAUGUAAAUAUUAUUUUCAUCUGUUGGCUCUUUGAUAUCUGAUUAUGGUCAGUAAUUGUGAUGUGAUUGUUAUGUUGAUGAGAACGUUCUUACCUUAUCCUUAUUUGUCCUUCAUGACUAAUUAGAGGAGUGGGCAGCUUCAAUUAAAAUAAGUUAAUGUGAUUAAGAAAGGAGUUGCUUGUCAGUGCCUACCCUUUUUGUUAUUGUAUAAAUAUUAUUUGUAUUUUUUUACCAUGGAUAAAUUGGAUUUUUAAAUAUUUGCUUAUUUAUUUUUUAUUCCUCUUUAUACCUUACAUUUUAUGAGUUAAUUAAAGGCCAUUUUGGGGGAUCUCCAUCACUAAGGUUCCCUUUCAGCCUGCUCAGUGUGUACAGUUCUGUACACUAUCAGAUCUACACAUUGUGGAGAAAGGCGCACUGCUUUUCUCCCAGUGAUGUGUAGCUGAGCUCUGAGUUGCGAAUUACUCUUUGUUGAUAAAACUGGCAGUGCGAACAGACAAUUGUGGGUUACUGGGAGAGCGUCUUGUUACACUCUGUGGGUCUUCCCCUGAUAUCCCUAGUACGUCAGACGAACACUAAUGUUCAGCUAUGUCUUUUUCAAUGGGAUGUGACCACACUUACUCUGAGUGCUUAUCCAUCUGAUCAUUCAGCUUGGGACUUUUCCUGUUUACAGAUGGAGCUUCAAUAUCCAUUGAUACCUGUACCUAUUGGUUUCCUACUUGGAUGCAAGAAGGGUUUUAACUCUGCUUGCCUUAAAACGUAAAGAUGUUUAAAGCAAUUGGACCAUUUCAAACUAUAUUGUCCAGUUAUGAUUAAUUCAUAUGUGACCUGUGGCAGAUUAGAUAAACAUUGAUGAAUAAAAAACAUAAAAACAUCAGUUUUUUGUUUUCUUUGUUUUUUAUUUAAACAGGGUUUAGUUUAGUAAAAUGGUUUUCGAGGAAAAAGAAAACAAAAACAACUAAAGAUAUUUUCCUAUUUAAGAUACAGUCUAGUCCAAAUGUUAUGGAGCACGGAAUAUGGAUUUGUUAUUCAGCAAAAGGGUUUAAAUUCAGGCAAUAUUUUGUUUUUUGUGAAUUCAUUCCAUUAGUUCAAGGUAAUUGCACUUGUGUCCGUAGUGAUAACAUGCACUUUUUCGUGCACGUUUUCAGUAAAAAUUGUAUAAAAUAAACACACAGUUCAGGAAAACAUGUUAAUCUCAUUGUUCUGCAAAUCUUUGUACACACAAUGAACAUCUUUAAUUUAAAGGAUCGCUCCAAGCAUCACAAACCGCUACAGCCCACUGUACUCUGGUCCAAAUUGGGCAAUUUGUUAUACUAGUAAUAGUUUGCCCUCUUACCUCGGCCACCUCAUCGCUCAGUGUCUCCUUACUGCUGCGGUGAUGCUCUUCUGCAGCUCUACAGAAACUGGAAGCCAAUUAAUUUGCCAUUCGCUGACUACUCUCCACCAAUGGAUGUUGCACUGUGCAAAAAAACAAACAAAAGCAAUAUUUUUUACAUUUUUGUGGGCUAGCUGGCUAAUAACACCCUAUAACACUCCAGGCACUGUGACCAUUUCAAAUCGCUGAAGUGGUCAUGGUGCUAAAAUAAACCAUUUUACUUAUUCUCCAAAUAUGAGUGAUAAACCUAUUAAACUGGAGAUAGUUCAUCAUUAUCUACCUAUGUAAUUUCUUAUUCUGCUAUAACUAUUAAAAUAAUGUGAAAAGUUACAUCUUCAUCUGAUUGCAAAUAUAAAACAUAACAACCAGCCAGAAUGACUAUUUACGGUUUUAAAUUGAUAAAUUAAAGAAAGACUAGUGAUUUAAAUUGAUUUGCUUUAUAUAUUAUAUUCUAACCAGCAAUUUAUAGUCUGAGAUUAUGAGAUUACAGCUGUCAAUCGUGUUGUCAAAAUGGGUACACUGGUAUGAAUAAACUAAGGCAUUUUAAAGAGGGAAUGGCAAUUUUUUUGCACAGUAGCCUAUUAUCAUUCAAAAUGCAGUUCUCUCUAUAUUUUCUUAGUUGGUAAAUAUCCCAUAAAUUACUAUGCUAUACUACCAAAAACCCGUGUUUGGUUGUAUUGUAUGGUGCUUUUCAAAAAGCCAGUACAUAAAAAACAUUAACCAAACAUUUAAAGUUCUGAAAUAGUUUCAUUGUUAGAUGAAAAUUGUUGGCAUUAUGAAAAUACCUCUGGUCCCCGCACCAUUUCACCAGUGAUUCAUUUUAUUAUUGCAUUGAUAAAGAGUAGCUGGUUGUAUGUGACCAACUUUUGUUUAUUUAUAUAAACAAAGACUCUUCAGUGGUGGCCAUUUUUCUACAAACCGUGUCAUAUAAAGGCUUGUGUGUGCAGUUUGCUUGUUUGUGUCAUAGUCUGGGGCUAGCAUUGCUGGUGACAGGCUGAAUGUAUAAUUGCAUAUUUCUGAGGCUUGCAGCCGAAUCAUGAUUGCAAGUAGGAUGGGCAGCCCAUUUACAGUAAAACAUUGAGAUUGUGUAAGAGCAUCUACAAUUAACUCUUAAAGGGGACUUAUCAUUUCUCCAGGAAUUACACCAUUAAUGGGACAGUAUAGCUUUAGGAAUACAAAUGUCUUUUUCAAGAGUGCCCAUCAUGCUUUAAAAUUUAGAAAAAAGGAAAAACAAGUGUUACUUACCUCUUCCCAGUGCCAAGACACUUUUGGCACAGCUUAUCUCUCCACAAGGUAUCCUCCGCCAAUGUCCAAUCUUCAUGCUACUUGCGUAUUCAGAUUUCAUAGAAUCAAAAUAAUCUUAUGGGGUUUCCGCAACACUUAACAGCUUUACUUGGGAAGUGCUGCGGAAAUGCCAAUAGUGGCUGUCAUAGUGACUGCCUCUAUAGGUGGACUUGAACCCUGCAAUGCAAAACCCUGUAGUUUUUGAAAAGGGUUAAGUACAGGGACACUGCAUCCAGACCACUUCAUUGAGAUAAAGUGGUCUGACUGACUAUAUUGUUCCUUUAACCCCUUAAGGACACAUGAUUCCCUUUUCUUCCAGAAGUUUGGUCCUUAAGGGGUUAAAUAUAUCACCAGAAAUCCGCUAUGAGGUUGUUUUUUUGGGGGUUUUUUUUUUUCUUUCUUCGUUUUAAUUUUCUAUUCAAUAUUUAGUGUAUGGCAUCUACAUGUGGGGGUGGGGAGCAAGGGGCAGAGUUUUAAAUCCCUAGUUUACUGAAUCGGUAGUAUAUUUAUUGGAACCAUAACCGUAAGAAUAUUGAAUUGGUUGUGAUGCCUGGAGUUUAAGGGUGCCAGAGCCUGCAUCCAUACCUCCCAACGAUGGGAGGUAAGGCGAUAAGAGCGGGUUACGUUGCCAGAGACGAGGCUCGUGUUACUGGCAACACCCAUAAUGGGGUAGGCCAACCUUCAGGACCUUGAAGAGACUGCUUCUGAAGUUCUCUCUGCAGGGUCCUAGUGCCUGUUCACGACUUGGGCGUGUCUAAUGAUGCGCUCUCGCAUUGUUGACCAAGGGCAGUUUUGGUGUCUUCGGAUAUGAAACAGAAUCUGUACGGUGGAACAGUACCCCGAAAUCUGAGUUGAAGUUGGUUCUACCUUAAAUCGAGGAGUCUGAGUUGGAUCCAAAGGUUUUGUGUACUGAAGCAGAGCAUAUGACCAUCUCUACAAUUGUGUAAUGAGAGGCUGGGCUGCAGGCUGCCAGAGAUAGAGUAUCUCUAGUAAACUGUUUAGCAGUGAUGUGGGACCCGGUGACCACAGACUCCAGACACUAUAACCACUUCAAUUUGAAGUGGUUAUGGUGCUUACAGUGCCUCUUUAAAGGCACACCAAACAUUGUAACCAGCUUGUUGUAGUGUGAAAGACUGUAUCUUCUUAAAACUAUCCAAUUUUCUCCAUGUAUAACUCUACCACUUUGCGUUUGACAUCAUUUAAGGAAACUUUGCAUUGAUCACCUUUCUCAACUUUUAGGCAUGGAAGACAAGCUUCUAAAACAGGGGUGGGGAACCUUCGGCCCUCCCCACAUUUCCCUUGAUGCUUUGCCAGCAUUAUGGCCGCAAGAGCAUUAUGGGAGAUGUAGUCCAAAACAUCUGGAGGGCCGAAGGUUCCCCACCUCUGUUCUAAAAGAUCAAGGGAUAUACUGUGCUGGAAACAGGGAUGUCGCUAGAGAGGGACUGACUGGGGCUAAAGCCCAGAGUUGGGUCCUAAUUUUGGCAGCAUUUCACUGUUCGCCAUGAGUCCUCUGUCAGACUAAUGCCUGAAAUGUUAAAAAACUAUUUAUAUGAACUUUUUGACAAACUUGAAAAAAGCCUUGCAGUUUAAUACACAAGAACCUUUAGACAUCUCCCUGUCUACUGAUUGUACACAUUCCAUUAUCACCAAGUUCUAUUAUACAUUUAGUUUUUGGCUGUUUCUACAAAUGUAUUAAAUAUUUAGAAGUGUAGAGACGAGAUGGCCAGCUGUCAACUACUACAUACUGUGAUUUGGUGUCAACUCUGGUUGUGGGUAAAACCAUUUUCAAGUGACUUGACCAAAACCGGGUGUCCCCAAACCACCAACGGCACGGCCCCUCACUUGCUGCUUACUUGCUACAUUGACACUCUGAGUGUGUCAGCUAAUGUAAAAAUGUAGAAUCCUUAGACUGUCCCUUUAAGGUGUUUGACUCAGAUUGGCAAAAUUGAUCGUAAUCCAACUUUAUCCAACAGCUUGCCAAUUAUGGACACUAUUUAGAGCAUAUUUAUUCUGAUUUUUUUUUUUUUUUUGGUACGCUUCCUGUAGAAUAUCUAGAUUUUCAGUGCUAGACUAAUUAAGAUACUUCUGCAUGUUUUAGAGAACUAGUAGUCAUGGUCAAAGUACUAUUUAUAUGGGAAAAAUCAUAUUUAAAACACAUGGGACUACUAUUAAUUGCUGUUUAAAUAGCACACAGUGUGUCAUCUGUUUACGUUGGACAUAGAGUAAAACUCUCAGCAUGACGCUCUAGGAUUUAAAAAAGAAAACUGCAGUGUUUUACAAACCAGUCUACAUGAAAUAUCUAAUAACCUAUGUAUUUUCAAUUUCUUGAUUAUUUGCAGUAAAAAUAAAUCCAUAAAUAAAAAAUGAUCCUCUGUUUGUAGGUACAUGUACUGGACAGAUUGGGGAGAAGCACCACGUAUCGAACGUGCAGGAAUGGAUGGGAGCACCCGCAAAAUCAUAGUAGACUCGGAUAUUUAUUGGCCCAAUGGGCUAACAGUUGACUUAGAAGAGCAAAAGCUUUAUUGGGCUGAUGCCAAGCUAAGUUUUAUUCACAGAGCUAACCUGGAUGGAUCAUUCAGGUAUUAUUUUAUUUUAUUUUUUUAG